AGCGCUGCUGCGCUUGGCGGAGCAGGACUCGCACCCGGCGCCGCGCUCCACCGGAGGAGGAUGAUCCGGGCGUUCUCGUUCCCCGCCAGCCCGGAGCGGAGCCGGCUCCGCGGCUGGCUGGAGGGCACCUUGGCCGGCUUGUGCGAGCUGCAUCUGCUCCGCGAGCGGCAGGAGCGCCGGGUCCGGCAGGCGCUGCGCCUGGCCGCCGAGUCCCCGAGCAAGCAGGGCGAUGGCGAGGCUGGAGGCGGCGACGCGGCUCCGGAGGACCAGCUGGUGAGAGAGAGAGAGAGAGAGAAGGAGCCCCAUUGUCCGCCCCGGCGGGGGCUUUUGCCGGACACCCCUGCGCGGGGAUCCGGUCCGAUCCUGCUCGGGGGAGGUGCUGGGUUGAUCUAUCCAAUAGCUUCGGGGGCGAAGGAGAUUCGAGGCUGCAUUCACGGGAGGUGGGGAGGGGGGAGGCUUUGCGAGGGGAGGGGGCUUCGCGCGAGGGGAAAGGUCCGUACGUACCGUGGUGCUGUUGGUGGGCGUGAAAGGGUUAAAAUGGGGAGGAGGGGGCGAACCGCCGCGAUUAUCCCUCCCCCGCUUCUCUAGUGUGGUUUUGGGGGUGCGGGGCGCGCGCAUCAAGGCUGCGAUCCUGCUGCACCCGACGAGUUGCAGCGGUGUAAACGCGUGGCUGCCCUUGGGGGAAGGGUCCUUCUGCGACGUUGCUGGAGGGGGGGGGGCUUCUAUAUCGUCUGCCUGUGUUUCUUGUUCCCCCCCAUAUCUUGCGUUGUCCACCGGAGAGCAAAGAUUUAUUUCAUUUUUUGAAAGGGGAAAGCGGGGGCUUUAAGCCCAAGCACGGCUGUAAAGGGAUCGGGAGACCGACGAGUCGGUUUCUCUGCGGUUUUAUUAAUGGGCUUGCGAGAAAUGCCAGAGGAGCGUUGCCUGUGCGCCUUCGAAACCCGGGGAAUCUCGCCUCGCCGUUUUUACCUCCUGCCGGUUCGUCUUGGGCAACCGAUGAGUCGCCGCUCCCCUCUCCAGCCCAGCCCUUGAACUUCAAGGUACCCACCCCUCUGGCCCGUCCACCCGGGUCCUUCUGGUCGGUUACACUCUCGGGGGCGGGGAAGGCAAUGCUCGGACUCCUGGGUUCUCUUCUGAGGCUGGGGCUUGGGGACUCUGUGCGUGCGGAGCGCCGGCUAGGGAAGGCGGCGGGGAGUGGUUGGGGGUUGUUAGUGUUGACGCCCGGGAGUGGGGAGAUGAAGCAGCUUUUUGGUCUGUGGACGAUUUGGGGGGGGAGGGGGAGGAAGAGAGGGUGGGAAGGAUUUUGGGUUGGGCAAACAGUGCGUUGCUCACAAUAUGUGCGUGCAAAUCAUGAGAUAUAGGCGGUGCGCCAGUGGAACUCACGGCCACCAGGUUUGGAACCGAUGCUCUGAAAGAAUCCAUUGUUGAACACACUGGCUUAUGAUUCUCUUGCACCCCCUCCUUUCUCCAAGCAAUUGAAGCUUCAGCUUUGCAAGGGGGGUGGGAAGGGACUUUGAAGACCUGUGGGAAAAUACUCUUAUUGGUGAUAGAACCUCUCUCUCCAGGAGCUCUGUGUUCCAUAAGCUGCUGGCUGCUGUUGGAAGCGGGCUGCAGGCUUAGAUGAGCACCACUGGUCCAAUCCAGCCAGAGGAUUCUUGGAUUCUGUUGCCAAAUCUGAAAGUCUAUUUACAGUGUGUUCAGCUUAAGAAGGAGUGAGGCGGAAGAGUGCUAAUCUCAGUAAGCCAAUGUUAGCCCCGGCCUCGCAACCCUGCCCUUCUGAACCGAGUGAUUUGGGAAGUUACCUGUUGAAUCUCACACGCCCACAAUUUCGGAUGUAUCUGCAUUCUACAUUUAUACGGACUUGAUAUCAGCUUUUUACCCAAAGCAUUCUGGGAAAUGUAGUUUACUAAGAGGUGCCAAGGAAUUCCCUGUACUCGUGAGCUAUCCAUGCCCAUUGCAGACCCACAAAAUCCUGGGUUUCCCUGGGGAUAGGUAAAGGCAAAGAUAAAGGGACCCCUGACCGUUAGGUCCAGUCGUGACCGACUCUGGGGUUGCGGCGCUCAUCUCGCUUUACUGGCCGAGGGAGCCGGUGUACAGCUUCCGGGUCAUGUGGCCAGCAUGACUAAGCCACUUCUGGCAAACCAGAGCAGCGCACGGAAACACCGUUUACCUUCCUGCCGGAGUGGUACCUAUUUAUCUACUUGCACUUGACGUGCUUUUGAACUGCUAGGUUGGCAGGAGCAGGGACCCAGCAAUGGGAGCUCACCCUAUCGUGGGGAUUCGAACUGCCGACCUUCUGAUCAGAAAGCCCUAGGCUCUGUGGUUUAACCCACGGCGCCACCCACAUCCCUGGGGAUACAGCAUUGCUAUUAAAGCUGCAUAACUGUGCUGUAGGACUAGGGAAACUGUAAACCAGCCUUCCCAACCUGGUGUCUUCCAGCAGUUUUGCACUACAGUUCCCAUCAUCCCCAACCAAUGGUUAAACUAUGGGACUAUGCCCUCCACACCUGAAGGCAGAAAUGCCUCUGAAUGGCAGUUGCUGGAAACCACAGAAGGGGGAAGGGGGCUCUCGUGCCCAAAUCCUGCUUGCGAGUUUCCCUUUGAAGCAUCUGGUUGGCCACUGUAAGAACUGGAUGAUAGACUAGAGAGACCAUUGACCUGGUCUUAAAUUCUUCUAGGAAGGCUGUCUUUAAUACUGCCUCCUAUCAGUUCUGUUGUUGUUGUUUAGUCGUUUAGUCGUGUCCGACUCUUCAUGACCCCCUGGACCAGAGCACGCCAGGCACUCCUGUCUUCCACCGCCUCCCGCAGCUUGGUCAAACUCAUGCCGGUAGCUUUGAGAACACUGUCUAACCAUCUCGUCCUCUGUCGUCUUUGAAAACUGGAACAGGGGAACUGCAACAAUUGCAUCAAAAAUCUAUGGGAUUAAGGAGGAGAGCGUGUGGGGCAACUCAUGGGUGAGGGGGAAUUAAAGGGGUUCACAAACCAGGCCCCCAGUUACUGGCCAUACUUGGGGAAAGAAACUUAAAAGCAGGGCUCCGUGUGAAACCCCUGAAUUGCAGUUCAACUCUCUUCACUGAGGUCUGAAUCAACGAUUUCCUUUCCCAUUGCAGAGGUUGAAGUCAGCACUGUCAAAUUGAUUGCUUAUUAUUAUUAUUAUUUAUUAGAUUUGCGGUAUAUGCCGCCCAUUAUAAAAAAAACCCCUCAGGGCAGUGUGCAACAUUAAAACAUAUUUUACAGAGCAUAAUAAUAAUAACAACAUAAAACAAAGCACAGUAAUCAAAAAAUCAUAAUAACAGUUGUCCACCUCACCUUUAACAAUCCAUAGAUUAUUUAAUGGCUGAAGGCCAGGGUAAAGAGGAAACGUUUUGCCUGGCGCUUAUAGACGUGUAAUUAUGGCACCAGGUGAGCCUCUCUGGGGAGAGCAUUCCGCAAAAUGGGGAGCCACCACAGAGAAGGACCCGUUCUCUUGCUACCACCCUCCAAACCUCUUGGGCAGGAGGGACACAGAGAAAGGUCUCAGGUGACAAGCGCAGGGUGUUUUAAUACCUAUGAGUUUGCCAUCUGAGCUUUGAGCAUCCCUGUGGUGAAGUGGUGAGAGUGUCAGACUAGGACCUCUGGGUCUUGGGUUCAAAUCCCCGCUCAGCCGUGAAGCUCACUAGGCCAGUCGCUGCCUCUCGAUCUAGCCUACCUCACAGGGUUGUUGUGGAGGUUACAUGAGGCGGUGUAGAUUCGUGUACGCCACCUUGAGCUCCUUGCAGGAUAAGGUGGGGGUGUGAAUGCAAUAAAUAAAAUACAAUCUCACUCCAAAAGGAACAUUAUCAUUUCCAAAUGCAUCCAGUAACUUGUUGUUGUGGUUGUUUGGUAUCUGUCUUGGGAGACAAUGGAGGAGUUCGCCUUUGGGGGUGAAGUCAAACCGUUGGAGAAUCACAGCGCCUGCUGUGGCUGUAGAGACCGAUAGAGGAGAGAAAUGUUUUGUUGCAGCCGGGGCAGAGGAAGGCGUCUGGUUGUGCUGCUGUAGAUGCACCAUUUUUACUUAGAAAGCCAGGCUUUUUUGGGGGGGGGAUGGGGGGGUAGAGAGAUUGCUGAGGACAUCACCCCCAGUAAACUGGGAGGAGACUCAAAAGGGGAAGAGAUUGGGGGUGGAAAAAGAGAACUGCCAUUGGUUCUCCUCUCUCCGUGGUAAGUAAAUGCUUAUUUCAUUGGGGGUAAAGUUCUUAAAUCUUUCACCGCCUGUGGUUGAAAUGGCAGCUAUUGGUGAUUAAGCAUGAAAUAUUAAUGCCGGAGGAGAAUUCUGUCUUAUUUAAAAUAAAAAUAUAUAUCAAUGCAGCUCCAAGUUAAAAUUGUGGUAGAUGCAUAGCCCACAGAGGUCUAACAAUUGUGCGUGAUGGGAAUAAAGUAUGCAUGCACUGAUUUAUCAGCACAUAAUCACUGUGGGUUAAACCAUAGGGCCUAGGACUUGCCAAUCAGAAGGUCGGCGGUUCGAAUUCCCACGACGGGGUGAGCUCCCGUUGCUCGGUCCCUGCUCCUGCCCACCUAGCAGUUCGAAAGCACGUCAAAGUGCAAGUAGAUAAAUAGGUACCGCUCCGGCGGGAAGGUAAACAGCGUUUCCGUGCGCUGCUCUCGUUCGCCAGAAGUGGCUUAGUCAUGCUGGUCACAUGACCCGGAAGCUGUCUGCGGACAAACGCCAGCGCCCUCGGCCAAUAAAGUGAGAUGAGCGCCGCAACCCCAGAGUCGGCCACGACUGGACCUAACGGUCAGGGGUCCCUUUACCCUUUACCUUAAUUCUGGUUGCAAACUUCAGGUUCCUGCAGGGAAACUGAUUAUGGACCAUGCAUCCUGACUGGUUUGCUCGGAGGUUAUACUCAAGUUCUCUCUUUGCUGAUCUGUUUGCUGGGAGGUUGUACGCCAAAGACCUUCCACCCUGAUCUGUUGUGGGGAGGUAUAUGACUUCCUGCCAAUCAGUUGCUAUUCCACGCUUUGUAUUGCCUUCCCUGUCACUUUCCUAACUGCAAAAAUCCCUCUUUGGUGCGACAGAGCACUUUAACCUACCUCAGUUGCACAAACCAACAUUUCCAGCAUGUGACUGAACCCUGCCUGCAAAAUGGCGACAGUCUGGGGUUGAUUUGGUUUAUUUUCAUCUUCGGAGAGGUGUUUGCAUAUAGCCCAGAGUCCUGGGGAGUAGUUGAUGAAGGAAGAUGUCCCCAGCACUUACCAUAUUUUUCGCUCUAUAAGACGCACUUUUUCCCUCCUAAAAAGUAAGGGGAAAUGUGUGUGCGUCUUAUGGAGCGAAUGCAGGCUGCACAGCUAUCCCAGAAGCCAGAACAGCAAGAGGGAACAGCGAUCCCUCUUGCUGUUCUGGCUUCUGGGAUUCAGAAUAUUUUUUUUCUUGUUUUCCUCCUCCAAAAACUAGGUGCAUCUUGUGGUCUGGUGCGUCUUGUAGAGCGAAAAAUACGGUAACUUGUAAACAGAGGCUAAGAGGCUCAAAGAAAUACAUAUCUUGUUUAAAUAUAUAAAAAAAUAAAAAAAUUGUCCAGUAGCACCCUAGAGACCAACGAAGUUUAUUCUUGGUAUAAGCUUUCAUGUGCACGCACACUUCUCCAGAUGCCUCAGAUACUUCAGAUAUCUUGUUUAUUUAUCCUUGCUCCUGGAAGCCAGUCCUCUAGUUCAGAAGUGGGGGAACCAGACAUUGCUGAACUACAACUCCCAUAAUCCCUGGGAAGCGUGGCCAAUGGCCAGAGCUGAAGGGAGUUGUAGUUUGGCAAAAUCUGGAGGGUCAAAGCUUCCUCCCACCUGCUUUCGUUCUUUCACCCACAGAUGACCACAGAAGCCCCUCACCCCUGCCAAUUCAAUCUUUUGAGGCCCGGAAUCUCCUUUAGACAAACAUACGCGCUUCCUUCUUUUCCCAUAUGGUAGAUACUGUUUUCAGUAUUUGGCUGGCCACUGUAAGAGCAGAAUGCUUUGUGAGAUGCUUUGUGACCUGAUCCCAGCAGCUAUAUGUUAUUCUGCUGUUUUUUCGCGGCAGAAUUAAAAUGUACCCUUGAAGCUUUUGUAUUGACCACGCUUGAUGGGCGGGAAUAGAAGAGCCUAAGGUAAAGGUAAAGGGACCCCUGAUCAUUAGGUCCAGUCUUGGCCGACUCUGGGGUUGCAGCGCUCAUCUCACUUUAUUGGCCGAGGGAGCCGGCAUACAGCUUCCGGGUCAUGUGGCCAGCAGGACUUAGCCGCUUCUGGCGAACCAGAGCAGCGCACGGAAACGCCGUUUGCCUUCCCGCCGGACCGGUACCUAUUUAUCUACUUGCACUUUGACGUGCUUUCGAACUGCUAGGUUGGCAGGAGCAGGGACCGAGCAACGGGAGCUCACCCCGUAAUGGGGAUUCGAACCGCUGACCUUCUGAUCGGCAAGUCCUAGGCUCUGUGGUUUAACCCACAGCACCAAGAGCUUAGAAACCUCCUAUUUCCCCAAAUCUUAAGGCGUAGCAGAGUUGGGUGCUGGAGGGUCUUAGAACAGGGGCCAGCAAACUUUUUCAGCAGGGGUCCACUGUCCCUCAGACCAUGUGGGGGGGGGGCCGGACUAUAUUUUGAAAAAAAAUAUGAACGAAUUCCUAUGCCCCACAAAUAACCCAGAGAUGCAUUUUAAAUAAAAGGACACAUUCUACUCAUGUAAAAACAUGCUGAUCCUCGGACCGUCCACGGGCCAGAUUGAGAAGACGAUUGGGCUGGAUGCGGCCCCCGGGCCUUAGUUUGUCUACCCAUGGUCUAGAGGCAAGAUUCCCAAACUUUGCUGGGUUCAGCCUCCUUGGUUGCAUAAACUCAUCCCAAAUACCUGCUCCUCUAGCAUGAUUCAGAAUAGCAAUAUGCACGGCAGACCAAGAAAGGUAGUAACACAAUAAAUUUAAAGCGGUGACAACAUGCCAGUCAGCUGCCUUGGGAAAAAACAGGGCGUCCUGUUUCUUCUGGCAAGAGGAUAGUAGCAAAAAUGGUGCCCCCAAAAAGGACUUGGGUGGGGGGCAGUGAUCUUAAGUGGCUCCCCAAAGCAUGUAUUUUGGGGUGCUGUGCCUGAAAAGUGCUUGGGGGGGCGCAAUCUCAUGUGGGUCACAUGACUCACGCGGGAUUGUGGACCCAGGAGAUGGCACCCCAGAUUUGGGCUGCUUCGUUUUGGAAGACAUGUAACAUUAAAUUGCACAUUUAUUCAAUGUCCAGUGGAAGCUAUUCAGUUUAAUUAACUUGACAAGGCCCCUUUGCCCCUUAGCACCCACCUAAGGAAUCCCCUCCCAAAGGGGCAGUACCCCCCCACUUUGGGAACCGCUGGUCUAGAGAGCGGUCUUUCUGGUAAAGGUAAAGGGACCCCUGACCAUUAGGUCCAGUCGUGGCCGACUCUGAGGUUGCGGCGCUCAUCUCGCUUUACUGGCUGAGGGAGCCGGCGUACAGCUUCCGGGUCAUAUGGCCAGCAUGACUAAGCCGCUUCUGGCGAACCAGAGCAGCGCACGGAAACGCCGUUUACCUUCCCACCGGAGCGGUACCUAUUUAUCUACUUGCACUUUGUGCUUUCGAACUGCUAGGUUGGCAGGAGCUGGGACCGAGCAACGGGAGCUCACCCCGUCACGGGGAUUCGAACCACCAACCUUCUGAUCGGCAAGUCCUAGGCUCUGUGGUUUAAUCCACAGCACCAGCCGCGUCCCCUAAAUCUGAUGUUUGGUCAAGCACUUGCCUCCCAUUGCUCUUGGGACUGACCUGUUCCACAGCUGAAACACCUUAAUUUUGGUAUAGAUAUUUCCCAAAUGUCUGAACAGCCCAAGGCAAGCGAGAAUGGCUUGCAAGCUAAACACUGGUAAAAGAAUGCUCCACAACGCCAUUCUUUUCAAAUUAGCAUCAUAUCCUUUGUUUUCAUUUUGAUUAUAAUUGUGCAAUAAAACCCAUCCACCCAGCGUUUCUGUGAUAUAUUUCUCUCUCUCCCUGCCUGAGUACCAUGCGUUUUUUCAAAUACAAUCAGGAGCAUUCAUAAAGCGGUACAAUAAAGCACCGCAGAAACAACAGAUUAAUAAUAAUAAAAACCCCCUCAUCAUCUUGGGACCCUAAUUAAAAACACAAGAAGACGCCUGCCAGAAUAUCUGCUAUGUGCGUCGGAUGGUGUAGACUCUGGUCCACAAAAUGAUGGAUGGGCUGGUUUUAAGGCGCUCUAAGAUUAUUUGUGGUUCUGCCUCAGCCAUUUGCCAACCUAGUGCCCAGCAUCCGUGGCUGGCACGGCUGGGAGUUGUGAUCCAAAACAUCUGGAGGGCACCAGGUUGGCGAUGACUGUUUUUGUAGUGGUGAUAAAAUCUUAAGACUGUGCCUGCAUCAAAACAAGGCUAUUCACAGAAGAGGCUGGUCCGUUAAAGAAAAUGGGGCCCUGCCCCACCCGCCUCUGCUCUUACCCCGGUUUACCUGCCUUCUAACUUAACAACCAUGGGUGGCGCUGUGGGUUAAACCACAGAGCUUAGGACUUGCCGAUCAGAAGGUUGGCGGUUCGAAUCUCCGCGACGAGGUGAGCUCCCGUUGCUUGGUCCCUGCUCCUGCCAACCUAGCAGUUUGAAAGCACACUAGUGCAAGUAGAUAAAUAGGUACCGCUCCGGCGGGAAGGUAAACGGCGUUUCCGUGUGCUGCUCUGGUUCGCCAGAAGCGGCUUAGUCAUGCUGGCCGCAUGGCCCGGAAGCUGUACGCCGGCUCCCUUGGCCAAUAAAGCGAGAUGAGCACCGCAACCCCAGAAUUGGUCACGACUGGACCUAAUGGUCAGGGGUCCCUUUACCUUUAACUUAACAACCAGUCCAGGGGGUGGCGCUGGCACCCAGCUUCCUCCUUUAGUCUCCUUCUGUGUUGCCCUUUCAGGACUCUGCAGGGAGAAGCAUGGGGACAAAGCUUCUGCCUGUCGUUGGCUCUGGCGCCACCUGCUGUUGGGCUUCCUACCUUUUGCCCUACCAGCUCCAGCGAACACCAGCCCUCUGGUUCGGUGAAUCUCUUUGCUCCCAGUUCCUAAAAUAAGACUGACGGGGGCAGCCUGUGCACUCCUCUUAUGCUCUGCAUCCCACACGCUCCCCUUGCCAGUUUGGGAAGCGGCGAUAAUGUGACGUUGGCCGCAGUCCAUACCUAUCUUGUUAUUUCGAUGUGUUUCCCUCCAAACCAGCUUUGGUCCUAAUUGAGAAUGACCUGGCUGCAUUUGAAGCCGGUAAUGUGUACACAGGGACGCGGGUGGCGCUGUGGGUUAAACCACAGAGCCUAGGACUUGCCGAUCAGAAGGUUGGCGGUUCGAAUCCCCGUGAUGGGGUGAGCUCCCAUUGCUCGGUCCCUGCUCCUGCCCACCUAGCAGUUCAAAAACACAUCAAAGUGCAAGUAGAUAAAUAGGUACCACUCUGGCGGGAAGAUAAACGGCAUUUCCGUGCACUGCUCUGGUUCACCAAAAGUGGCUUAGUCAUGGAGUGUAGCAUCAAUAGGAGUAUAGCAUCUAGAUCAAGGGAAGUAAUAGUGCCACUGUAUUCUGCUCUGGUCAGACCUCACCUGGAGUACUGUGUCCAGUUCUGGGCACCACAGUUCAAGAAGGACACUGACAAACUGGAACGUGUCUAGAGGAGGGCAACCAAAAUGGUCAAAGGCCUGGAAAUGAUGCCUUAUGAGGAACGGCUAAGGGAGCUGGGCAUGUUUAGCCUGGAGAAGAGGAGGUUAAGGGGUGAUAUGAUAGCCAUGUUCAAAUAUAUAAAAGGAUGUCACAUAGAGGAGGGAGAAAGGUUGUUUUCUGCUGCUCCAGAGAAGCGGACACGGAGCAAUGGAUCCAAACUACAAGAAAGAAGAUUCCACCUAAACAUUAGGAAGAACUUCCUGACAGUAAGAGCUGUUCAACAGUGGAAUUUGCUGCCAAGGAGUGUGGUGGAGUCUCCUUCUUGGGAGGUCUUUAAGCAGAGGCUUGACAACCAUAUGUCAGGAGUGCUCUGAUGGUGUUUCCUGCUUGGCAGGGGGUUGGACUCGAUGGCCCUUGUGGUCUCUUCCAACUCUAUGAUUCUAUGAUUCUAUGCUGGCCACAUGACCCGGAAGCUGUAUGCCGGCUCCCUUAGCCAGUAAAGCAAGAUGAGCGCCGCAACCCCAGAGUCGGCCAUGACUGGACCUAAUGGUCAGGGGUCCCUUUACCUUUUAAUGUGUACACAAGCUGGUAACGGAUACACAGCCAGAAUCUCAGCUUGGAAAGGAGUCCCCAACCCUCUGUCCUGGAAGCUACUUCCCUCUCCCUCCACCCAAAUACAUGACGCAUAGUUACUGGAGUGCAAAGGAGCUCUGGUCAGCCCCCUGUGCCCCCUGCCCCUUUCCCUUCAGCAUUUUGCCUUUGGACCCCCCUCCCCAAACCCUGCCCACCUGCCCUGUACUCCUUCCAGGUGGGCUUUCACCCCCCUCCCGAAAGUUGCGCUGUUGGUGAGCAUUCCGUUGAAGGCACCCUGUACGGUGACAAUGUCCGUGAUGACCUCACAUGACAAAAGCUUGACCAAUGGCGGGUUAACAGGUCACAGAAGCCACUUGCUGAUUUGUGCAUAAGGAUCACGGUAUUUAACUAGAAAUCCAUUGUCCGUGCACAAAGAGGGGCUGUAUUCUUGGUCCGCUGACUAGCGUUAAAUUCAAGCAGUGCUCUCGACCGUUCCUGGCGUCCAGUAAAAAGGAAAAAGUCACGCGGCUUCUCCUCUUGGCUGGUUCUGGUACAAUCGCCUCCCUCCUGCUCUUUUCCUUUAUGGCAGGAGAGAAACCGCGCCCUUGUCAGAGUCUCUGAAGCAUAGAGGAGCUUGGCUGGAUCCGGCCAGUUGCCCAUCCAGUCCAGUAUCCUGGUCUCUCGGCGGCCAGCCUGCAAGCCGGAUCUGAGCAUCACAGCCACUUUGUGACCCACAGCAACUGGUCUUCAGACAGUGGAGACAGAAUCACAGACCUGUCGAGUAUAAUAAUAAUAAUAAUAAUAAUAAUAAUAAUAAUUUUUAUUUAUAUCCUGCCCUCCCCAGCCAAGGCCAGGCUCAGGGCGGCUAACAAGCAAUAAUAAAAACAAGUUGGAUGAAUACAACUGAAAAACAAGAUUAAAAUGCAACAUUAAAAUAUUGAAACAUUAAAACAUUAAAAUGCAGCCUCAUCACAGGAGGAGAAAGGAAAAGGAAAAAAGAAAGAGGGGGAGGGAAUCAAACUGGCUCCAAGCCAAAGGCCAGGCGGAACAACUCUGUCUUACAGGCCCUGCGGAAAGAAAUCAGAUCCUGCAGGGCCCUGGUCUCAUGAGACAGAGCGUUCCACCAGGCAGGGGCCAGUGUUGAAAAGGCCCUGGCUCUGGUUGAGGCUAAUCUAACUUCCUUAGGGCCCGGGACCUCUAGGGUGUUGCUAUUUAUGGACCUUGAGGCUCUCCGUGGGGCAUACCAGGAGAGGCGGUCCCGUAGGUACGAGGGUCCUAGGCCGUGAAGGGCUUUAAAGGUCAAAACCAGCACCUUAAAUCUGACCCUGUACUCCACCGGGAGCCAGUGCUGCUGGAAAAGCACUGGGUGAAUCUGCUCCCAUGGCAGAGAGUCCAACCCCUUGCAAUGCAGAUAGAACUGCGGAAUUUUUACUGUGCCCUUUGGAACUCCCUGCCUCUUGACACCAGGCAGGGGCACUUUUUGGCACCAUUUUCGUUUAGGCGACAGAGUGUUUGCUUUAAUCUGUUCUUCGUUUAUGGCUGGUUUUAUCUUUUGAGUGCUUUAUAGAGUUCUUUUUUUACUUUUCUUCAUUUUCUUCAGUAUAUCGCUUUGAGUUUUUCUUCCAACAAGCAAACGGUGUGUGCAUUUUAAUAAUAAUAAUAAUAAUAAUAAUAAUAAUAAUAAUAAUAUCUUUAUUGUCAUUGCCCCCUUCGGGGACAACGAAAUUACUUGACUGCUCCAUAAAAACUCUAAUUAAUCAAUACAGUAUAAUACAGCAAGGGAGAUUAGAUGACUUUCAAAGUCCGGGCUUCCCAUUCAGGGCCGAGAUCGCUCUGGAGAAGAAGCUGUUCUUAAGACGGCUCGUUCUUGUCUUCAUCGUCCUGUAUCUCCGUCCCGACGGCAAGAGCUCGAAGAGACAGUGACCAGGAUGCGAUGGAUCUUUUACUAUGUCCAGUGCCUUCCUAUGGCACCUUGUGGCAUAAAUCUGCUCUAAGGUGGAGAGUGGGCAGCCAACAAUGCUCUCUGCUGCCUUAACAACCCUGCACAACCCCAUCCUGUCCUGGAAAUAAACAAGCAUGAAAUAAACAAGCAUAGACAUCAUGGAAAGCCAGCCUAAGCUGGGCAGAAGAUCUCCUAGCCACAGAAAAAGCUUUAGGGGGAAUAUCUUCCCAUGAAUUGGAUGACUUCCCUAUGUCUUCUCAGGCAGGUGGGGCCUGGCUGAGGGCGGGCAAAUGUUAUCUUUCUUAUUUUUUUUUAAUAAUAAUAAUAAUAAUAAUUAUAAUAAUUUAUUUGUACCCUGCCCAUCUGGCUGAGUUUCCUCAGCCACUCUGGGUGGCUUCCACAAAGACCAAAAAUACACUAAGAUGUCACACAUUAAAAACUUCCCUGAACAGGGCUGCCUUCAGAUGUCUUCUGAAUGUCAAGUAGUUGUUUAUCUCUUUGAUAUCUGUGGGAGGGCGUUCCACGGGGCGGGUGCCACUACCGAGAAGGCCCUCUGCCUGGUUCCCUGUAACUUGGCUUCUCACAGCAAGGGAACUGCCAGAAGGCCCUCGGCACUAGACCUCAGUGUCUGGGCAGAACGAUGGGGGUGGAGACGCUCCUUCAGGUAUACUGGGCCGUGGCCGUUUAGGGCCUUAAAGGUCAACACCAUCACUUUGAAUUGUGCUCGGAAACGUACUGGGAGCCAAUGUAGGUCUUUCAAGACCGGUGUUAUGUGGUCUCGGCGGCUGCCCCCAGUCACCAGUCUAGCUGCAGCAUUCUGGAUUAGUUGUAGUUUCCUGGUCACCUUCAAAGGUAGCCCCACGUAGAGCGCAUUGCAGUAGUCCAAGCGGGAGAUAACCAGAGCUGCACUACUCUGGCAAGGCUGUCCGCGGGCAGGUAGGGUCUCAGUCUGCGUACCAGAUGGAGCUGGUAGACAGCUGCCCUGGAUACAGAAUUGACCUGCACCUCCAUGGACAGCUGUGAGUCCAAAAUGACUCCCAGGCUGCGCACCUUGUCCUUCAGGGACCAGGGAGUCCUCCACACCAGCCCACCCCCUGUCCCCCCAAAACAGUACUUUUGUCUUGUCAGGAUUCAACCUCAAUCCAUUAGCCACCAUCCACCCUCCAAUCGCCUCCAGGCACUAUUAAUUUGGAAUGAGUUUACACAGAUAUAUUAGGUUACUGACAAUUAUAUGUGUAUUAGGAUAAUAAGAAUAUACACAUCUGUAUUUUAAUGUCUGGUAAUACUACAUCAUUUCUUUCUUUCUUUCUUUCUUUCUUUCUUUCUUUCUUUCUCGCUUGCUUUUUUCCCUUUCCUUUCCCCCUCUAUUUAUGAAUGAAAUUCCCUGAGUAAAAUAUCAAUAAAAUAUUAUCAAUUAGAUUUAUAUGCUGCCCUUCAUCGCAAGAUCUCAGCGCGGUUCACAGGCUAAAAACACAAGGUGAAAACACAAGAGUUAAAAUGAAAACAACAAAACAAUAACCCGACACGCAUUUAAAAGGCUGUAAAUAUUACUCAGCCUUGUAAAACGAAAAAAUACAAAUUAGCAUAUAACACUUAAGAACAAUUUAAAACAUGCCCCCAAUAAACAGCACCCACCUGUUUAAACCGCAUCCCCAUUAAAAACCAUAAUUUUAGCACAAGGGGGCUGACAGGAUCCCCACCAGCCCUAGGGGACCAGUCUUGACUGUUCUCCCCCCGUCUAGGUAAAAAAAAGGUAAAGGGCCCCUGGACGGUUAAGUCCAGUCAAAGGCGACUAUGGGGUUGCAAUGCUCAUCUCGCUUUCAGGCUGAGGGAGCUGGCAUUUGUCCGCAGACAGCUUUCCGGGUCAUGUGGCCAGCAUGACUAAACCGCUCGGGGUAAUUCAUUCUGGAGGUCCGUUCUUAACCUGAAACUGUUCUUAACCUGAGGUACCACUUUAGCUAAUGGGGCCUCCUGCUGCCGCCGCCAUUCGAUUUCUGUUCUCAUCCUGAAGCAAAGUUCUUAACCCGAGGUACUAUUUCUGGGUUAGCGGAGUCUGUAACCUGAAGCAUCUGUAACCUGAAGUGUCUGUAACCCGACGUACCACUGUAUGGGGUUGCGGUGCUCAUCUCACUUUCAGGCCAAGGGAGCCGGCGUUUGUCCGCAGACAGCUUUCCGGGUCAUGUGGCCAGCAUGACUAAACCACUUCUGGCACAACAGAACACCGUGAUGGAAACCAGAGCACAUAGAAACACCAUUUACCUUCCUGCCACAGUGGUGUCUAUUUAUCUACUUGCACUGGCGUGCUUUCGAACUGCUAGGUUGGCAGGAGCUGGGACAGAGCAACAGAAACUCAUCCUAUAAUGGGGAUUCGAACCGCCGACCUUCUGAUCGGCAAGCCCAAGAGGCUCAGUGGUUUAGACAAAGCAGCAGAGGCUGAGAGAGAGAAUCUCUUUGCUGCUGUCCCUGCUGCCACGUGGCAGGGAAGGCUGAGCCCUUGCCGCUCUGUUGGGUCAAUGCGCAACGGGCGCAACGGGCCCUCUAAUGGACGCCAGCUGGCUUCACUGCCCAGAGCCCCUCAGAAAACCAAGGAGCCUCCCAGAUUCCAUUUGCUCAGAGAGAGGAGCAAUCCAUUUUGUAAUCUGCUUUGAGAUUUUUUCCUUUAAAAUAUAAAGCAAUGUAGAAAUGAUGGUGACAACCACAUCACAUAGCCUUAACAGGAGCAGCAGCCAUGCUAACUAGAAAAUUCUCAUCCCUGAACACCUCCUCUUUUGACCAAGUAUUCAGUUUCCAAGAACAGCAGCUGGGCGGGGGGCUGUCACAAAAAAAAGUCAACAUUCUCGGACCCCAUCCCCUUCCCUUUCUGGAAAUUUUUUGAUCCAUGCUUCCAUGCCAACCCUCUCCUUGUUUUGACAUUCCAGACCUCCUUGCCUUCACAGACUUGCUGAGUCAGGCCCUGGUGCAGUCGACAGAUCUGAGUCAUCUUUUUGGAUUGGCCAGGUCUCCUGCCUUUUCUUGUCUCGGAGACUGGUGUGUUUGUGUGUGUCAGAGGGGUCAUCUGUGCUUACCCUUCCGCCAUAUUGAUGUCCUCGCCUUCCGCAGUCCGGCUCUGAGCUAGGCUGGGGGUUGAUAACACGCAUGAGUACAGUGAUACCUCGGGUUAAGAACUUAAUUCGUUCUGGAGGUCCGUUCUUAACCUGAAACUGUUCUUAACCUGAAGCAUCACUUUACCUAAUGGGGCCUCCCGCUGCCACCGCGCGAUUUCUGUUCUCAUCCUGAAGCAAAGUUCUUAACCCGAGGUACUAUUUCUGGGUUAGCAAAGUCUGUAACCUGAAGCAUCUGUAACCCACAACAUGCAUCACAACAUGCAUCACAAAGGCUUUAGAAAAAUCCACUUUUGGAAUCUGGAUUGGAAACAUCUUGCGGUCGGAGGUGGGGAAAAGGUUGCUUUCUUUUGUUGUUGCUGCUGUCUUUUAUUUCUGCGCCGUGCCAUAGAGUAGAAUAGAAUAGGAGAGUUGGGAGGGACACCUGGGGGCCAUCUAGUCCAACCCCUUGCGACAGAAUGUUUAACUUUGCACUGUGCGAAGAAAUCCUUUUCUUUUAUCUGCCCUGAAUCUUCCAACGUUCAGCGUCCUUGAAUGCACACAAUUUCUAGUGUUAUGAGGAGAGAGGAAGAAAAACCUCCCUCCCUCCAAUUUUCACCAUGCCAGGCGUGCUUUUAUAAACUUGUCUCCUCUGACUUGCCUUUUCUCUAAUAAUAAUAAUAAUAAUAAUAAUAAUAAUAAUAAUAAUAAUAUAUUUUUAUUUAUAUCCCGCCCUCCCCAGCCGAAGCUGGGCUCAGAGCGGCUAACAACAAUAAAAGUAACACAGCAUUCUAAAAUCAAUUCAUUUUAAAAUCAAUUCAAAAUCCAAUUAAUGGCAACUAUUGGGCUAGAGUUCUGUGAGGAUUACCAAAGGAGGGGGUCAGGCCGUGCCUUGGCCAAAGGCCUGGUGGAACAGCUCUGUCUUGCAGGCCCUGUAGAAAGAUGUCAAGUCCUGCAGGGCCCUGGUCUCUUGUGACAGAGCAUUCCACCAGAUCGGGGCCACAGCCGAAAAAGCCCUGGCUCUGGUUGAGGCCAGCCUAACCUCUCUGUGGCCUGGGACCUCCAAGAUGUUUUUGUUUGAAGACCGUAAGGUCCUCCGUGGGACAUACCAGGAGAGGCGGUCCCGUAGGUAUGAGGGUCCUAGGCUGUGAAGGGCUUUAAAGGUCAAAACCAGCACCUUGAACCUGAUCCUGUACUCCACCGGGAGCCAGUGCAGCUGGUAUAGCACCGGGUGAACAUGAUCCCGCAGCGAGGACCCCGUAAGGAGUCUCACCGUGGCUUUCUGCACCCACUGGAGUUUCUGGGUCAGUCUCAAGGGCAGCCCCACGUAGAGUGUUGAGUGUGUCCCUUCACCUUUCCGGACUAUUUCAAUACAGUCCGGUCACAUGUGGACAGGGAUGGUGGGUGAGCAAUAGGCCGGGCCGAGAAGAUGACUAGUCCAGCAGGAAGGUCAGGCAAACACCAUAAAACGCUUGAAGCUUUGCUCUAAUGGAGGAUGGGGUGGGCGACUUACUGAAACUCAGAACGGUGCAAGGAGCUGGGUAAAUACUAAAAAAUAUGGCAGGUAUGUUGACGACAGGAGAGAUAAAGGGGGGAGGAAGAGGUGUCAUGGGGCAAGGAGGGGCAUUUUGGUGGUUUAUGGUGGGACAAUGUAAUUCGGGUAAAGGUUGACGGAGGGGAGGGAGAUCUUUGGAGAGGACAGGGGGCAGGAGAUUUCUUCAGCAAAGGUUGUGCAGCCGCCCUCGCUCAAAUGUUCUUCCAUUAUUUAUUUCCUCCUUGCCACUUCCAGUGAUCUCAUGCAGGCCCCCGGGGUCAGGGAACCGGACUGUGUGCGUUUAGUGCCUUAAUUUCCCCAACCGACAGUGUCUUCCAACCUCCAGAUAUUUUGGAUUGCAACUCCCCAACGCCUGGAGCGCUUCUGAGCACAGCUCUAGGAGAUUAUUCCUUCUGGACGUGUUUAUCUAAAGGAGCAAAGAUCUGUGUGGGGCGCUGGAUCAUAGCUGUCAACCGUCCCUUAUUUGGCGGGAAAGUCCCUUACCCCAGCGCCGUGUCCCGCUGCUGUCCCUUAUUGAUGAUGUCCCUUAAAUUUCCCGGGUUUCAAAGGAAGCAGCUCCUCUCCCUCCCUCCCUGCCGACCUGGGAGGAGGGAGGCUCCAACUGUGUUGCUUGGCUGCGUUGCUCACCCAAUAAGGAGUCUAAGAACGACUGGGGGGUGGAGCUUGCAUGCCUUGUGCCGAUCAAAUCGGCCGCGUUGCCUGAGGACUCGCCUUUGCUCAGCGCUUCCCAGUGGAGAGUGAUGGUGGUUUUCCUUGCUGCAUCCCCUUUGCUGGGUUGCUGCGCUGUGGGAACCACCGCUUGAGGCUUCGUUUGGCUGCUGGCUGGGCUUUCUGCCUUUGGCUGGGAGGGGCUCAGAAGUUGAACAUACCUGUGCUCUGAAAAUCCCUUAUUUUGGCUGCCGAUCCCUUAUUUUCAAGGCUGCCGGUCCCUUAUUUUCAAAUCUGUAAGUUGACAGCUAUGCGCUGGAUACCAGGGGACGGCCCUCGAAGGCACAACCCAGUUGCAGGCGGAUUUCUCAGAAAUCUGCGGGAAGUGCCCUUUUUGUUGUGUUACGCAGGAAGUUGCAUUCUACUGAGUCGGGCCAUUGCCCUAUUUGGCUCAUUGUUGCCUACACAGACUGGCAGCAGCAGGUCUUUGGGGUUUCAGAGAGGAAACAUCCUCAUCCCUCAUGGAAGAUGCUACUGAGGAACGAAUCUGGGUCCUUCUGCCCCUGAGAUGCAGCCCAGGUUCAUGGAAUUGGAGAAGAAAUAGAACACACACAAACAUACAUAUCCGAUCUUCGGGGAAAGCUGCUGUCUCUCUCUCUUUUAUAAUGAUUUUUAUUGAGUUUUCCAUAUUUAAUUACAUUGCAUUACACAAAUCUAUAACAUAAAGCAUUGCUCCAACGGAGCAUCGACUUCCCUCCCUCUUUCUGACUUCCCAACAUCUUUUAAUAAAUUCUUCCCAUUUCUACAGCCACUUUUUAACUUAUACUGUAUCUUCUUUUCUUUUUUUAAAAUCACCUCCUUAUAUGUAAAUCGGUUCCUUAUUUUCACAUCACAAAGCAUUUCAAUUCAAACCUACAAACGUUUUCAAAUGUUUACAAUUUUCUUUCAUAUGAAAUAUAAAUUUGCUCCAGUUCUUCUGAAACAGUUCGUCUUGCCGAUUCCGGAUCUUCCCCGUCAGCUUUGCCAUCUCCACAUAUUCUACCAUUUUUAUCUGCCAUUCUUCCAAUGUAGGAAUUCCCUGCAGCUUCCAUUUCUGGGCCAGGAGUAUUAUUGCAGCCGUUGUGGCAUACAUAAACAAACUUACAUCUUUAGUUCUGAAUUUCCUCUCCAAUUAACCCUAACAAAAAUGCCUCUGGUUUUUUACUGAAAUUAUAUUUAAAAACCUUUUUCAACUCAUUAUAUAUUGUAUCCCAGAAGGCUUUCACCUUGGUACAAGUCCACCACAUAUGAAGGAAAUUCCCCUCUUUCUCCUUGCAUUUCCAACAGUUUUUAUCAUGGUUUCUAUACAUUUUGGCAAGUUUAGUCGGUGUAAUGUACCAGCGAUACAUCAUCUUCAUUAAAUUCUCUUUAAGUGACACACAUGCUGUAAAUUUAAUUGUUUUUGUCCAUAAUUUCCCCCACCUUUCAAAGUCAAUAUGAUGUCCCAAAUCCUGGGGCCAUCUAAUCAUAACACUUUUUACCUCUUCAUCCUUUGUAGGAAAGCCGCUGUCUCUGUCUCUUUCUCUCUCUCAAAGGGAGUUGUGUCGCUGUCGUCCGCUUGUCAAAACCACCUUUGCAUCCUGGCUUUGCUCAGCCUAGGAAGGCUGAUCUGAUUUCUUCCUAAUGGACAGUCCUGGGCCCAGUCUCCGCCAGCCUCCCUCCUCCCUCCUCCCUGGAUUCUUAUCUUUGGAUUUAUGAACGGGAGACAUGCAGGCAACCGUGUUCUUCCAAAACUGCCUCCCUGCCAGGCGCAGCCAAGGGAAAGAAACUGGAUCAGCAGAUGUGGGGGGAGGCCUCAGAGACCCCCAGCCUCACUUGACCCAGCCCUCUGCAUUUUGCGCCCCGCUCCCCCACUUACUGGGACGGGGCUCUUUGCUUCUUUGGUCUUCGGAAAAGUCCGAAGGAACAAGUUUCCACAGAAAGGGGUUUUUUUUUGCUCUCUCUGUGUUAACAGAACCUCCAUCCUCUGACAUCUGCACAAGCCAGUCAUUGAAACAGAAAUUCACUUUGUUAAUCUGGGAAGAGACGUCAGGUUUUUUUGCUUUCUCUCUCUCUCCACCCCCCCCUUACAAAGGGAGACUUGCUUUGUCACCUUCAGCGUUGACAAAUUGUGUGGCCUGCCCCAUGGAACAAAAAAACCCCCAAACCCUGCAAGCAAAAAUAAUAAUAAUCUAGCACGCCAGGAGGGCAUUUUUAGCCUGUCUGCUUCUGGCUGUGCUAGAUUUCUAUGUGCAGGGAUUUGAGAGUGGCUGUUUCAAUACAGUGGUACCUCAGGUUAAGUAUUUAAUUCAUUCCGGAGGUCCGUUUUUAACCUGAAACAGUUCUUAACUUGAAACACCACUUUAGCUAAUGGGGCCUCCUGCUGCUGCUGUGCCGCCGGAGCAUGAUUUCUGUUCUCAUCCUGAAGCAAAGUUCUUAACCUGAGGUAAUAUUUCUGGGUUAGCGGUGUCUGUAACCUGAAGUGUAUGUAACCUGAAGCGUAUGUAACCCGAGGUACCACUAUACAGUGGUACCGUAUUUUUCGUCCCAUAGGACGCUCCGUCCUAUAGGACGCACCUAGUUUUUUGGGGGGGAAAUAAAGGAAUUUUUCCCCCUUUAUUCCCCCCCCCCAAAACCAGGUCGGGGUACAGCGGGAUGGCGGCGCUGCGCCUCCCCACUGUCCCCCGAGCUUGUGGGGCUGGCCGAUGUCUGCCCCAAGCGUGGGGCGCUCUGCUUCAGCGCGCCCCACGCUCCGUGCAGCAGUCUGCUAUCCAAAGCUUAGGGAGCCCUGUGGGAACUCCCGCAAGGCUCCCCACGCUGCGGAUGUCUGCCCGGCGCACGGGGCGCUCUGCUUCAAGGUGCCCUGCGCGCUGGGCGGCAGGCUGCUAUCCACAGCCCCAGGCUUGCUGAUAGCUUCCUGAAGCCUGGAGAGCGAGAGGGGUCGGUGCACACCGACCCCUCUCGCUCUCCAAUCUUCAGCAAAAGCCUGUAUUUGCCCCAUAGGACGCACUUCAUUUUUGGAGGGGAAAAAGUGCGUCCUAUAGGGCGAAAAAUACGGUACUUUGGGUUACAGAUGCUUCAGGUUAUAGACUCCGCUAACCCAGAAAUAGUACCUCGGGUUAAGAACUUUGCUUCAGGAUGAGAACAGAAAUUGCACAGCGGUGGCACGGCGGCAGCGGGAGGCCCCAUUAGCUAAAGUGGUACCUCAGGUUAAGAACAGUUUCAGGUUAAGAACGGACCUCCAGAACAAAUUAAGUUCUUAACCCAAGGUACCACUGUACAUAGGGGAGCGUUCAGAAGUGGUCUCUUUCACCUGCAGCGGCAAUUUGGGUCCAGGACUCGGCUGGCUCAUUCUCUCACACGAACAGGCCAGGCCUGUUAACUUCUCUGCAGUUUCACCCAAGGCUCUUUUCUCACAACUGGGGUAGUUGAGCAACAAGGAGGGGUGUGGGUCAGCCACCCCCACUGUGUGUUUAGGGACAGAGCAGGGGUUUGGAACUUCAGAUCGGAUUUGGUGGAAUUAUGGAAGUUCAAACGAAUCUCUCUCUCCCCUAUGCAUACAUAUAGAGGUACAAAGUUCUGAACGUUCAGCUGGAUUAGGUUUGACUUUUCAGCGAUGCCAUUGAAAUCCCAGCCGCAAAGUACUCUUGCGACUCAAAAACUGUUCUCUGAAACCUCAAUUAGUCUUAUUAGUUUAUUUCUAUCCCCCCUCCCCCAUUCCUUCAAGAAGCCCAAGAUACAUGGUUCUCCUCCUCCUCUUUUAAUUCCCACAACAACCCUGUGAGGUAGGUUUGACUGACAGGGAGUGACUGCCUCCAUCUCUGAGUGAGGAUUUGAACCCUGGUCUCCCAGGUCCUGGGACGCGGGUGGCGCUGUGGGUUAAACCACAGAGCCUAGGAUUGGCCGAUCAGAAGGUCGGUGGUUCGAAUCCCUGCGACGGGGCGAGCUCCCGUUGCUCAGUCCCUGCUCCUGCCAACCUAGCAGUUCAAAAGCACGUCAAAGUGCAAGUAGAUAAAUAGGUACCACUCUGGCGGGAAGAUAAACGGCGUUUCCGUGCACUGCUCUGGUUCGCCAGAAGCGGCUUAGUCCUGCUGGCCACAUGACCCGGAAGCUGUACGCCGGCUCCUUCGGCCAAGAAAGCGAGAUGAGCGCCGCAACCCCAGAGUCGGCCACGACUGGACCGAAUGGUCAGGGGUCCCUUUACCUUACCUUUACUCCCAGGUCCUAGUCCAAGACUCUAACCAUUACACCACCCUGCCUCUUGUGAACUGUGGUAGGUAAGCACUGAAAACAGAUUUUGGGUGGUGGGGAGUGGCUAGGAUCAGGAAUAGGGAAUUCUGUAAGAACUGCAGUCCGUGUGUUUACUCUGAAGCCCGUUCCACUGAGUUCAAUCAGGCUUACUCCCAGGUAAGCAGGCACUGAAUUCCAAUCUCGGCUGGCUCUCAAAAAUAUGCAAAGCUCUAAUUGCAAACCCCUCUAAUUAUAUUGCUCACAGCUGACGAAUCUUGUUGGUUUCCAGAGAGAGGGAAGCGCCUUGCAUGUAUUUGGCAAUUAUAUUUAAAUCUUCCUCCUCUCUUGUCCUAAAGGCACAGCCUCAAUUGCAAAAAAAAAAGCCCAGACAGCACGCGUGACAGGAAUGCCGUGCUAAAAAUACGAGAUCUGAAGCCUUUAUCAAUGUGUAAAAUCAUAACCAUUUGCAAAAGGCUCAGAUCAUCCCAAUUCUCUGUGCUGUUACCCUGAAGGAACUGACUUGUUCAUGUCAUCAGCUCCCCCCACCCCUUUCCUUUCCCCCACUAAACUGCCUUACCCACAAGAACUCGUGAUUGGAAACAAGCAGGAAUGAGAAGAUUACUAUAUGGGAGUCAUGCAUUCUGUAUACAUGCAUUAGAAAAUUUCCAGUUGUGCAAGCCAGUAAUAAACGGUGGCGGCGGAACGGUAUAAAGGAUAUCUGUUUGCUGAAAGCUCUGCUCUACUGAUAAAAAUGCAGAAGUUUCUGCAUCCAUUUAGAUAAUCACCAGAAAUCUCUUUAUGGUUCUGCGCAGGUUUGAAAGCUGGAUUUGCAGGAUGCUGCUAGGAAAAUGCAUUUGGCUCUUUUAUUUAUUUAUCACGUUUAUAUCCCACCAUUUUUGGGCCCUGUGAGCUUCGUGGGCAGGUGGGGAUUCGAAUCUUGCUCUCCCAAGUCGUAGUCUGACACUCCAGCCACGACAGCGCACUGGCAUAGAUUGCCUCUGCUUGCCCCAGUGGCCUCCACAGCAAAACUGAUUCCCAGGAAAUGAAUGUAUGUUUUCCCAGCCUGCUUUAAGAAGAUACUGUCCUUUGGGUAUUGCUGCUCCUCUCUGUAAAAUGUCCAAUCUGUUCUAUAGUGAUUUGUUCCUCUCAUGACAAAACCCAACCUCUUCCAUCCUGGGUGAUAUAUGGAGAGAACCGUCCCUACCAUUAGGCGAAAGGAGGUGGUUGCCUCAGGCUGCUGUUUCUAGGAGGUCAAUGGCAGCAGCCCCCUGGCUGUUCCUCCCCGCGCCAUUUCUCCUUUGUUGGAGGGCAGAUCUUAUACACUAGGGGUGGUGGAGGAUGCUGAGCGGAACUGCCUGUCCAGUCAACUUCUGCACAUGGAAUAAGGAGGGGAGGAGCAUCACCUUGUCCUUUGCCUCAGACGGCAAAAUCUCUUGGGCCGGCCCUGAUAUUUGGCAGUGGGCACAAAGCUGAAAUCUAAUCCAAGUUAUGCCAUUCCUGAAUUGGCAACCCUAGGGAGACAGUGCGGGUCAGUGGUAGAGGCCUAUGCCCUUUUAAAAUGUGGGGUUUUUUGGGGGGGGUUAUUGCGUUAUUGUUUUUAUUUUGAUUCAGUUGUGAUGGCUUAUGGUUUUUAGCAAUAAAGAUUUCAUUCAUUCAUUAUUUUGAUUAUAUAGUGGUACCUCUGGAUGCGAACGGAAUCCGUUCCGGAGCCCCGUUCACAUCCUGAAGUGAACGUAAGACGCGUCUGCGCAUCUGUGGGUCGUGUUUUGCCGCUUCUGCGCAUGCGCAUGACGUCAUUUUGAGCGUCCGCACAUACGCGAGCGGCGAAACCCAGAAGUAACGUACUCCAUUACUUCCGGGUCGCUGCAGAGCGCAACCUGGAAAUAUUUAAGCUGAAGCGUAUUCAUCCCGAGGUAUGACUGUAUAUUUUGUGGUUUUACAUUUUGAUUUUGUUCUGUGAACCACCCUGAGACCUCUGGGUAUAGGGUGGUAUAUAAAUAAUAAUAAUAAUAAUAAUAAUAAAUAAAAAAUUAGUGUGUGCUUUGCAUGCAGAGGGUCUCUGGACGAAUCCCCUGUUAAAAGGGAUGUUGGCAGAGCCGACAAAGACUUUGGGAAAACAGGGACGUCCUAAGGAAAAGCGGGAUAUUCCAGGAUCGAAUCAGAAACCGGGAUGGCUUCUGUAAAUCCGGGGAUGUCCCUGGAAAAUAGGGGCACUUGAAGGAUCUGGUGUAUGCGAGGGCAGCUUCAGGUGUGGUCUCUGCAAUGCCUUUGCCCUGGGCACAUCUCCAAGUCUGCAAUCCUUAAUCUGUGUUUCUGGCACAUGUUUUUGAACUCUCACCUCUCCAAACUCUCUCUCUGUGUACGAUUUUUAGCUCAACAGUCAGGUGUAGCCCCUAGCUUAGAAAGAAACUCCCCCACCCCACCCCCAGCCGUGUUUGCAAGAUAACCGCUUUAUCGCACACUUCCAGACUGAUGCGCGAGUGCCAGGACAAAGGCAAGCAUCUCCAUCCCCACCGGCAAAGAUUUUGUUCUAUUGGGCUUUCUCCCAAAAAAAGCUGAUCUCUAAGCUUCUGGUAGGAAAACAGCUGUUAAGGAACAAAAGGAUCUCUAUUUAGAAAGGGGGCGGGAAUGCAAAUAUCCUCCGUAAUUAAGAAAGGGGGGGGGUGGAAUAGACAAAAGCAGAGGUGGGAGGCUUCGCACAAGAUGCUUCGGUGCUCAGCGGAGGCGGCUUCUCUGCACACAUUCAAAAAUAUAUAUAUUAAAAAUGGCCUUGGUGCAUCUCCUUGGCUGACAAUGGGAGUGUUAUCCUUCCCUGGACGGCUGUUAUUCUGACGAAUGUUCAUGGCGCCGUGCCCGGAUAAAGGCUUAGAGGUGCUGUGGCGCUGCUGCCGUUGAGCAGUAUUUGUUUGGAAUUCUUUGGCACUUGAGGAGCCUGGAGCAUUCAGAUUCCCAAAUAUUUCGACAAGAAGGGUGGAAACGACUGCGGCCCGCAGCGUCCCUCUUAAACCCCCUCCACCCGACCCUGUAGCCUCACAGAAACGUAGCCUGUGCUUUAUUUAUUGAAUCUGUUUGCAUAUGGCUUUCCGGGAUAAAUUUCCUCCCAGUGUGGUUUGCAAGGCGCGCUUCAAACAUACCGUAUUUUUCGCUCUAUAGGACGCACCGGGCCAUAGGAGGGGGAGAACAGGGGUGGAAUUCUCCCCCUCUCUGCUCAGCGCCCCUUCAGCAAAGCGGCAGGAGAAACGGAGCCCCUUCCAUUUCUCCUCCCGCUUCGCUGAAGGGGCGCUGCGCAGAGAGGGAAAACUGUGCAGUGCCUCUCCAGUGAAGCGAACCCUGGAGAGCAAGAGGGAUCGGUGUGCACCGACCCCUCUCACUCUCCAGGCUUCAGGCGGCCAUCCGCAAGCCUUCGGAGUGCAGCAGGAGUUCCCUGCACUCCAGAAGCUUCAGGCGGCUUCAGCAAAAGCAACGCGAAGCCUCCGGAGCACAGGGGGAGCUCUCCCUCUGAGCUUCGGAGGCUUUGUGUUGCUAUCGCUGAAGCCAAGGAGCCUGCAUGCGCUCCAUAGGACGCACACACAUUUCCCCUUCAUUUUUUUGGGGGGGGGAAAUGUGUCCUAUAGAGCGAAAAAUAGGGUACAAUAAAGGGCCGUGGGAUGCAGCAGAUCUCCAAGCAGUGCUCCAAACCAUGGCUAAGAGUCAAGAGGACCAUUGCUGUCCCGGCUUGCCUUCCGUUUUAUGAACUGAAUUUCUUGGGUGGGAGAGCGGGGAGAGAAAGGUGAAAGCACCUUUUGCCGUCACAGAAGCGGGGAGGGGGCUGAGAGGUUUUGUGGGCCUUGAAGCACAAUGGCACUGCUUUAGACAGUCAUGGGUUCCCCCAAAGAAUUAUGGGAGCCGUGGUUUGUUACGGGUGUUCGCAGUUCGCAGAACAGUUCCCUCUUCACUCUGAGAACCGCAGCUCUGUGAGGGAAAUAGGGGUCUCCUAGCACCCUUCUCGGGACGCGGGUGGCGCUGUGGGUUAAACCACAGAGCCUAGGACUUGCCGAUCAGAAGGUCGGCGGUUCGAAGCCCCGCGACAGGGUGAGCUCCCGUCGCUCGGUCCCUGCUCCUGCCCACCUAGCAGUUUGAAAGCACGUCAAAGCGCAAGUAGAUAAAUAGGUACCGUUCCAGCAGGAAGGUAUACGGCAUUUCCGUGCGCUGCUCUGGUUAGUCAUACUGGCCACAGGACCCAGAAGCUGUACGCCGGCUCCCUCGGCCAAUAAAGCGAGAUGAGCGCCACAACCCCAGAGUCGUCCGCGACUGGACCUAAUGGUUAGGGGUCCCUUUACCUUUACCUCUAACACCCUUCUCAGCACCCUUCGCAAAUCAGGGUACACUCCAUCGUAUGUGGCGGACUUGAAAAAGGGUAAAAGUGUAUUGGGAAAUAAUUUAUAAUGAAUUGAAAAAAAAAGUUCAAAAGUACUUCCCCCAAAAAACCCCCCCAGAGUCCUUUAUAUUGGGGAUAAUUCAGAUGGAAAUUCCCAGGUGUCAAAAAAAGGCUAUUUAGGUAUGCCACUACUGCGGCCUAUGUUUUGUUAGCCCCAAAAUGGAAAGCGAGCGAGGUCCCAACCAAAGAAGAAUGGCAACUUAAGCUGAUGGAAUAUGUGCAGAAUAAGAAAACAAGAAGAACAUACGUUUAAAGAAGAUUGGAAAAUGUUUAUUGAAUAUAUGGGGGGAAAUCAUGUGCAUCUGAAACAUUGGCAGCAUUGAGAUAAAUUCGGCAGUGUAAAUAAAUUUUGACGGAUGCAAUAAUGGAAUACUGAAUGGUUUGGUUUACGUAAAAUGUGCAGGGAUUUAUGGCAUGCAAACUGAACCAUGGAAAGAGAAGAAGGGAAGUUGUUGAUAUUUUAAGGUUGUUUAAAUGAAUAUUCUAUAAUGUAAAACAGAAAAACUUAAUAAAAAUUAUACAGAAAACCCCCAUAAAUCACAGUUCCCAGGACUCUCCGGGGGAAACCACGGCUGGUUUCAAGCGAUAUCAUUUUGCUUUAAAUGUAUGCAGCUUUGGCAAGGAAUCUGUGGCCCUCUAGAUGCUGAAGUACAACUCCUCUCAGCCCCAGCUAGCAUGGCCAAUGGCCAGGGAAGAUGGGAGUUGUAGUUCAGCAAGGCCCGGAGGACCACAGUUUCCUCACGUUUAGAAUAGGGGAAGACCUUACAGGGAGCAUUGUGCCUAUGGGCACUGUGAGGGCAUCCUGCCACACACACACAAAUUCGGGUGUCUUUAUCUUGUGAACGCCCCCGAGAUCUUUUGAUAAGGGGUGGCAUAUAAAUCUAAUAAAUAAAUAAAAAUACAAUAAAAAUAAAAAGGCCGGCCCACCUAUGAGGCAAGGAGAACCAUUCACCUCGGGCAGAUCUUGAGCUAAGGAGGGUGCUGUCUCCUGCAGGGACAUGGCGGUUGUGGUUGCAUACCCUCCAACAUUUCUCUGAUUAAAAUUGUUGUUGUUGUUUAGUCGUGUCCGACUCUUCGUGACCCCCUGGACCAGAGCACGCCAGGCACUCCUGUCUUCCACUGCCUCCCGCAGUUUGGUCAAACUCAUGCUGGGAGCUUCGAGAACACUAUCCAACCAUCUCGUCCUCUGUCGUCCCCUUCUCCUUGUGCCCUCCAUCUUUCCCAGCAUGAGGGUCUUUUCCAGGGAGUCUUCUCUUCUCCUGAGGUGGCCAAAGUAUUGGAGCCUCAGCUUCAGGAUCUGUCCUUCCAGUGAGCACUCAGGGCUGAUUUCCUUCAGAAUGGAGAGGUUUGAUCUUCUUGCAGUCCAUGGGACUCUCAAGAGUCUCCUCCAGCACUAGAAUUCAAAAGCAUCGAUUCUUCGGCGAUCAGCCUUCUUUAUGGUCCAGCUCUCACUUCCAUACAUCACUAGUAGGAAAACCAUAGAUUUAACUAUACGGACCGUUGUUGGCAAGGUGAUGAAAAUAGGAACGUGCUAAGGAAAAGCGAGGGACGCAGGUGGUGCUGUGGUUUAAACCACUGUGCCGCUGGAAUUGCCGUUCGGAAGGUCAGCGGUUCGAAUCCCUGCGACAGGGUGAGCUCCCGUUGUUUGGUCCCUGCUCCUGCCAACCUAGCAGUUCGAAAGCACGUCAUAGUGCAAGUAGAUAAAUAGGUACCACUUUGGCAGGAAGGUAAACGGCGUUUCCGUGCGCUGCUCUGGUUUCGCCAAGAAGCGGCUUAGUCAUGCUGGCCACAUGACCUGGAAAAACUGUCUGUGGAAGCGGACAAACGCCGGCUCCCUUGGCCUGUAAAGCGAGAUGAGCGCCGCAACUCCAGAGUCAUUCGUGACUGGACUUAACUGUCAGGGGUCCCUUUACCUUUUAGGGAAAAGCGGGAUGUUCCAGGAUCAGAUCAGAAACCAGAACGCCUUUUAUAAAUCUGGGACUUCCCUGGAAAAUAGGAACACUUGGAGGGUCUGGCGGGCAGAAGCUAUUGCCUCAAGCGGUAAAAUGUCCCUGGCUGGCAUUUCUGAAUAAGGGUGGUUAAUGAUCUUCUCGGGACUGGAGUCUCCAGCAAUCUGAAGUGUAGCCCUGCCUGCCUGUAAAUGGUCUUGUUUUUAAUUCUGUCUGACCUUUGCUAUGUUUGGAGAGGCCUGUCUUACGAUCAGCCAAAGUGUGUGCAGAUCCUGACUUUCCUAUUGCUGCAUGCUAAGCAAUUCCAUCUACUUGGCAAUUACCGUAUUUUUCGCUCUAUAGGACGCAUUUUUCCCCCUCCAAAAAUUAAGGGGAAAUGUGUGUGCGUCCUAUGGAGCAAAUGCAGGCUCCUUGGCUUCAGCGAUAGCAACGCGAAGCCUUCGAAGCACAGAGGGAGCGCUCCCUCCGUGCUCCGGAGGCUUCGCGUUGCUUUCGCUGAAGCUGGGAGAGCAAGACUCUCCUGGCUUCAGCAGAGAGGGAGAGCUGCGCAGCGCCCCUUCCGCGAAGCGGGAGGAGAAAUGGAAGGGGCUCCGUUUCUCCUGCCGCUUCGCUGAAGGGGCGCUGAGCAGAGAGGGAGAGAUCCCCCCCCCCGUUCUCCCCCUCCUGUGUGUGUCCUAUAGAGCGAAAAAUACGGUAGUCAAGACACUGGAUUAGCCCAGAAUAUUAUUUGACAAAACUAUGACGCUUCUCCAGAGGAAGGAUGUAUGUUUUCAAAACUAAUCUGGGGUGGUUGUUUUUAUUUUUCAAGGGGGAGGGAGAUGGGCAUUGCUUUGGUCCCAAACUCUUGCCCCCCGACCCUGUUCCUUCCUUUUCCUCCUCCUCCUUCUAGUCUUUGAAAGAAUCUCUUUCGACUCACAGAGUUGCAAAUUCCAUGGUUCUCUGCAAAGAAGCUUUGAUUGUUAAACCUCUCUGGGAAAUAUAGCUCUGCAAGGAGAACAGGGGUCUCCUAACAGCUCUCAGCGCCCUGAGCAAACUACAAUUCUCCAAGAUGCUUUGGGGGAAACCGCAACUGUUUAAAGUGGUACAGUCCUGCUUUAAAUGCACAGUGCAGUUGGGAUCUAAGGCACCACACAGGGCAAAACCCCUCAAAUUGUGGGUCCUUUUUUUACUAUGUUUGUUUGUUAAAGAAAAGAAUACCAUCUUGGGUUCUAAAUCAACUGGACAACAGGCCUAUUGCUGAGUCUCUUAAUCUAGCAGGUAGAAGUAGAGUCCUAGCUAUGAAAAUAGGACCGUUUUUCAUGUCUGCUCCUGACUUAAUUUGGUGUGCAAUUCCAGGCUCCUGUUCUUCUGAACCACUCAGAAAUAAGAAUGUUUCAGAAAUGGCGAUGUGGGGGGAAACCAAAACAGUCUGUGAGGUCUUGAAAACGGAGAACGAGAGAGAGAGAGAGAAAUCUUUGCUGCCUCUUUCUUUUCCAUCUCCUUGCCUUUCAGCUCAGGAAGCCAGACGUAACCGUUCAAGCAUUACUUUCCUUCAGGAAAAAAAACAAAACCAGGAGCCUAGCUUCUAACCGACAAGAUUUUAUGGGCUUUUCUCCCUCUUUCUGCUCUCACCAACACCCGCCGCCUCCUCUUGGCAGUGGGUCGCGAAGGAUGGCAGCUCCCUCAGCCGCGAUUCCAAUAGCGCCUUUCAUUAGGAGAAGCACAGAGGCGAAACUGCCAUCAUUGUGCCGAUUGUGUGCCACUAACUCUGGGCUCUUGCCGCAGGGGCUGUUUGCUGUGCAAGGCCCUGGCGCGAAAAGCGACAAAUUGGAGGAAAACGUCGCCUUCCGUUUUUACAAGAAUCAAAUGCCCAAGGUUCUGUCCCUCAUGGUUUUGAAUUUGGGGUGCUGUUGCCAACUUCGGAUUUCGAAGAUGGUGGUGCAAGGCCACAUUCACACCAUAAAUUUAAAGCACUACGAUACCAGUUCUAACGGCCAUGGCUUCCCACAAAGAAUUCUGGGAACUGUAGUUUUUUCGUUAGGGUACAGAGAGGUGUUAUUCCCCGCCUGCAGCCACAAUCUUCGCAGGGAACUUCUUAGAAAGGCAAACCUAUCCAAUUUGCUUUCACUCAGAUUCUCAUUUUUCCAUUCUUAAGCUCAGCUGCCGACAUUUCCACAUCAGUUUGUGAUAGAUAAAUAAAUAAGUCCUCUUGAAAAUUCACCCACAUCUUAGCCCAAGUUUCUCCGAACAGAUUCAUGUUUGUAUGCAAUUUUUCCUAAGACACACUUUUUUUUUUUUUUUUUACAAAGCAAUUUUUCCUAGUAUAGUGCAUUUCUGGAUGCUAUUUUCACUAUUAUAUGCACCUUUAUGCAUACUUUACCAUGAUACAUACAUUUUUGGACACAUUACGUGGCUGGAGAACUUCAUUGCAAAAUUCAGAUGAUGUCCAAAGAUGGCUGUGUUUCGGUUCUGAUAUUUUUGGGGAAUGAAGUAGGUCUGCCACCUAAGCAUUUUUACUCAGAACUAAGUCCCACUGAGUUCAAUAGGAUUUAGUCUCUAUGUUCCUGUUCAUUCUCACAGUUUAAUAAUAAUAAUAAUUUAAAAAGGUAAAGGGACCCCUGACCAUUAGGUCCAGUCGUGGCCGACUCUGGGGUUGCGGCGCUCAUCUCGCUUUAUUGGCCGAGGGAGCCGGCAUACAGCUUCCGGGUCAUGUGGCCAGCAUGACUAAGCCACUUCUGGCGAACCAGAGCAGUGCACGGAAACGCUGUUUACCUUCCCGCCGGAGUGGUACUUAUUUAUCUACUUGCACUUUGAGGUGCUUUCGAACUGCUAGGUUGGCAGGAGCAGGGACCGAGUGACGGGAGCUCACCCCGUUGUGGGGAUUCGAACCGCCGACCUUCUGAUCAGCAAGUCCUAGGCUCUGUGGUUUAACCCACAGCGCCACCCGCGUCCCUAAUAAUAAUUUAUCUCCUGCAUUUUCCCCUGACAAGGACUCAAGGCAGCUUCCAGCUACCAUUUUAUUUCAUUCCAUUUAUCUGUGGAAGGUGGUGUACAUGACCCCAACCCCUCACACAUUUUUUUAUUUACAACAAUCCUGUGAGGUAGGUUCAGCGGAGAGGUUGCAAUUGGCUCAAAGUGACCAAGAUUGAUGUGUAUAGGACACAUCCUGAUACAGACCAGAAUGUCCAUCUUUUAAUCAAGGAAAUAUUGGAGAGCAUGCAAUAUGACCACUUUACAGCAAGAAGUGGCCUGAUUAGGAGCAGGAUUGUAAGAGAGAGAGACCGGUCUAAUACUAGGCUUGCCUUGCCAAGAGCAAUAAACUCACAGCAGAGCAAAUGGGAUCCCCCCCCGCCUCUAAAGUCUCUGGCUUUGAAGUUAUCCAGUCCUUUCCCUUGAGGGAUGCUCGCCUGAUUAUAAUAGCUGCAGCUGGAAUAAUCUCCACAACUGUGCUAGGUGAAAAGUAGGUUAGAUUUAAAUUUGACUGGCGGGCAAAAGUGUGUGGGGGUGUGUGUUUUGCAGCCCCCUCUUAUUUUUAUAUUUAUUUUUGCAAUCGGGAAACGCCUAACCUAUGGUCGCUUUAAAUUAGGCAGCUGUGUGCCACUCAGUUCCUCAAUUCACCCUAAUUCCAGUACCCAUCUCACCUCUCCCAGAACUGCAAUACCUUUUUUUGGGAAUGGGCUAAAGUUGUUGUUGUUGUUUAGUCGUUUAGUCGUGUCUGACUCUUCGUGACCCCAUGGACCAGAGCACGCCAGGCACUCCUGUCUUCCACUGCCUCCCGCAGCUUGGUCAAACUCAUGCUGGGAGCUUCGAAAACACUAUCCAACCAUCUGUUGUCCCCUUCUCCUUGUGCCCUCCAUCUUUCCCAACAUCAGGGUCUUUUCCAGGGAGGCUUCUCUUCUCAUGAGGUGGCCAAAGUAUUGGAGCCUCAGCUUAAGGCUCUGUCCUUCCAGUGAGCACUCAGGGCUGAUUUCCUUCAGAAUGGAUAGGUUUGAUCUUCUUGCAGUCCAUGGGACUCUCAAGAGUCUCCUCCAGCACCAGAAUUCAAAAGCAUCAAUUCUUCGGCGAUCAGCCUUCUUGAUGGUCCAGCUCUCACUUCCAUACAUCACUACUGGGAAAACCAUGGCUUUUACUAUACGGAUCUUUGUUGGCAAGGUGAUGUCUCUGCUUUUUAAAAUGCUGUCUAGGUUUGUCAUUGCUUUUCUCCCAAGGAGCAGGCGUCUUUUCAUUUCGUGACUGCUGUCACCAUCUGCAGUGAUCAUGGAGCCCAAGAAAGUAAAAUCUCUCACUGCCUCCAUUUCUUCCCCUUCUAUUUGCCAGGAGGUGAUGGGACCAGUGGCCAUGAUCUAAAGUAGCUUGCUUAAUUCUCCAGCUGAUCCCAAUUGUUUCUGGGGCCUAAAUGACUUGGCGGCCCAGAAGCAGUCCAUUGUUUUUAUAUCUGCUCCGAUAUUCCAAACAAGGAGAGCAAUGGAGGCAGUUCCCAAGUCCAGCCGGCGACGUUGUGGUCCGAGCCUUUUUGCUUGCAAAGAUCUGGCAGAGAUCCAGCUUUGAAAAAGGGUCUUGAUCAGGGGUAGGCAACCUAAGGCCCAGGGGCCGGAUCCAGCCCAAUCGCCUUCUCAAUCUGGCCCACGGACAGUCCGGGAAUCAGCGUGUUUUUACAUGAGUAGAAUGUGUCCUUUUAGUUAAAAUGCAUCUCUGGGUUAUUUGUGGGGCAUAGGAAUUUGUUCAUUAUUAUUUUUUCCAAAAUAUAGUCCGGCCCCCCACAUGGUCUGAGGGACGGUGGACCGGCCCACAGCUGGAAAAGCUUGCUGACCUCUGGUCUUGAUCAUCAUGGGAUGCAGCUUUCACGCAGAGUUUUCCGUGCAAAGCCCUGCCGGCAAUUGGCUUGUGCAAAACCUCCUUUGCGCAGAUUUAAAUGUUUGUGGGUAUUGGCGCGUCUUACCAGCCAGAUAGCUUUGAGCUUAACAGGAUUCCAGGAGGGAUUAGAAAUUUAUAGGCAUAAGAACAGCGGCUGGGGCUAGGCAAGAGGAGAUCAGAGGAAAAUAAAUUUUACAUGGGUGGAAAUCCAUUUGAUAUGGGGAAUAAGGCAGACUUCCACAACUGCUGCGCUGGAACCAAAGUCAUCUUCUGUCUCCGGUGAGAUUCAUAGAGGGUCCUUGAGUGUUGGUAGCCAGUGUUGAUUGACAGAGGGACUGCAAGGGCCUGCCCACUGUACCAUCAGUAGCUUGGUUGGCAUCCGUCUGUCUCGGGAGACAAUGGAGGAGUUCGCCUUUGGGGGUGAAGUCAAACCGUUGGGGAAUCACAGCGCCUGCUGUGGCUGUAGAGGCUGAAACGGCAGAGCUGUGUUAGAAACUCAGAUAUAUAAGCUAGGCGCCAAAAGGCUCCUUAAACCAGGGUUACGGUCGCCAAAACGGAAUGUCCAGUUGCCAUUUUGGGGACAGACCGCUCGGAAGUCGUAUUUUUCAACCCGACUUUUCGGUUCCUGAAAUUCGUUUUGACUGGGCAGAUCAAAUGGAUAGAAUUCUACGGGACGGGUUGCUCGUGUGUGAAAACAGUCCGGAUCCGAGGAUCCCCAGGCAUGCAACCUGCAGGUGGUGGAGACAUCAGGUGCCAUCCUGGUGCCCGGGCAACUUCACUUGGUCGCCAGUGGCCGAUAGCCAGAUGCAAAAUGCGGCUGGCGAAUUUUGAAGGCUGUGGGAGAGACAUGUUUUGUGGCAGCAGGGGCAAAUGAAGGCGUCUGGUUGUGCCGCCACAGAUGCACCAGGGCGCAUCUUCUCCCAGCAGUCACUGCUCCUCUGGUCACUGCUACGGAGGCACAACCUGUCAGUGGUCACAGAUUAGACCCUUGUGAAUAAGUGGUUCAAUGUUAGGGGACUUCAGGGGCUGUUUCCACACAACCUGCUUACUGGGCGCUCAUCCUGAUUUGUUUGUCUAACCUCUCCUCAGACUUCAUGCAAUGUUGGCUAUUUAGUUAGCAUUCAUCACGAUUUGUUGGUGGGAAAUCAUAGAAUUGUAGAACUGCAAGCCAUCCCUGGGUGAACCCAAACCACCAGCCUUCUGGUUAACAGCCAGAUACACUGACAUCGCAUCAAGCAAAUAUUAGGCCACACUACUCAGCGGGUUUCCCCAUCACUUUCCUUACUGCAAAAACUCCAAUUUUGCAGGGGAUGGGGAAUACGUUUGUUGCAUCACAGUUUUUAUUAUCCAGUCUGAUUUUGCCAGUAUGUGAGCCUACCAGAAAAUGGUACCCCAUUCAUUUUGAGGUGGGACCUGGAGUUGGGAAGAUCUGUAAGUUUCAGUUUAUCUUGGUUUCUCAUUUAUCCCGUCUUAAGUUCAAUUUUUCAUGUUUCCGCAUCAGCAGGUCCUCAUGAAAAGUCAACAGCAUUUUGGUGCAAAUUUCUCCUAAUUUACCCAUUUUUGCAAAGCCAUUUCCCCCGACAUCAUGCAUUUUUUGAUGUUAUUUUCACUGAUAUAUACAUUUUAAAUAUGAGCGCUUUACCCUGGCAGAUGGGUUUUUGUACACGCUACCCGGCUGGAGAAUGACACUGCAAAAUUCAGAGAAGCGUGAAUUUCGAUGGGUGGAUUGUGUUCCAGUUUGCAUAUCAUUUUGGAAAAGGCAGAUUAGGUAGAUUUGCCUUUAAAUGCAAACCAAAUUGAAUUUCACCCCAGGACAGAGCAUAUCCGAAAGCUCUUGCCACCCCUGGUUGGCAAAAGCAAGUUGGCAAGGUGCGAAAGUUGCUGUUUAACGCCACCUUUGCCUUUUCUUAGUGGUUAUUUAUUUAGCUGCCAGCUGCAUGCCCUGGGGCAGAGACCUAAAACCCAGAUAGUAAAACCUAGAAGGCCAGCAUUUAUUCCCCUGGUCCAGGGGUCAGCAACCCGCGGCUCCGGAGCCGCAUGUGGUUCUUUUACACCUUUGCUGCGGCUCCGGGGCGGAUACUAGCGAGGGGAGAAGGCGCAUAGUGCGCCCCAACACUCCCCACUGUGGCGGGCGCUGUACUGGCUGUGACGUCGCAUGGGGGCGGUGCGUGCGUUAGUCACACACCGUCCCGGCGUCACCUUCCCGCCUGCCUGCUACAUUGAAAGGGGCAUGUACGCUGGUCACCGCAUUGAAAGGGGGCAUGUACGCUGGUCACUGUUUGGAAGGGGAGUGAAGAACACACACACACAAAAAGGUAACUUGUUAAUUUAACGUUUAUUUCUAUGAGGAGGAGUAAUUCUGAGGGGUCAAACAAAGAAAUAAUAAAAAAAAGUGACAAAAAAGUUAUUUUUAUAAUGACGAGUUUUGCGGCUCCCAGUUUUUUUUUCUUCGGAAACGGGUCCAAGUGGCUCUUUUUGUCUUAAAGGUUGCAGACCCCUGGCCUGGUCUGAGGCACCUCUUCCCUGGUGUAGGAAUGGACCAAUGCUCUACCAUGCAUUCUAAGGCAACUUCCUCUGCCUGUGGUUCAAAAUGCAUAUGUGCUAAUUCAUUCAAAUGCAUGCAGAUUUCAAAUUGGCCUGUUGGCUUGCUGUCUCUGCGGCCUUCUGAAAUCUGCCUCCAAGCUCAUUUGCACAGCGUUCAAAAUGGGCUGCUGCAAUCAUGCAGAUUAGGUGAGCUACAUUUAGGGCGCUCUCCCUCCCCUUCCAAACUUGCAUCGCAAAGCGUGAAGGGCUUCCCACCCCCGCCAAACCUGGUCUUUUCUUGUCUCCUUCCACGUGUCUGGUUGAACAUGACAUCACUGGACAAGAUGACAAUAGUCAGACCCCCUGAAACGCAGGAAUCCUUUUGCCCCAUGUGGGGCUCGAACCCACGGCCCUGAGAUUAAGAGCCUCCUGCUCUACCGAGCUGUCAAAGAUAACAUAUAAUGUAACGCUCAUGGGGGGAAAAUACCACCCCUACAAAUAGUAUCAAGGAAUUAUUAAAUAGUAAACAAAGCAAUAGAUGGGACGCGGGUGGCUCUGUGGGUUAAACCACAGAGCCUAGGACUUGCCGAUCAGAAGGUCGGCGGUUCGAAUCUCCGCGAUAGGGUGAGCUCCCGUUGCUCGGUCCCAGCUCCUGCCAACCUAGCAGUUCGAAAGCACCUCAAAGUGCAAGUAGAUAAAUAGGUACUGCUCCGGCGGGAAGGUAAACGGCCUUUCCGUGCACUGCUCUGGUUCGCCAGAAGCGGCUUAGUCAUGCUGGCCAUAUGACCCGGAAGCUGUACGCUGGCUCCCUCGGCCAGUAAAGCGAGAUGAGCACCGCAACCCCAGAGUCGGCCAUGACUGGACCUAGUGGUCAGCGGCCCCUUUACCUUUACCUUAAACAAAGCAAUACUCUGACCCACUGAUUAGCAAAUAAACAAAACCUCAACCUCCCCCUAGUCCAAAAAAACCCCCCAUCCAACCAACCACAGAUACCAAACUGCUCCCUGAACUCAAAGGGUGCUGUGGCUUAUUGCCCCACAAUUCCUUGCACUCGCCCUUGGUGCUGGCAUGUGGAAUAGUUGGCAAACGAAAACCACAGCCCUCUUCCAUAGAGUUCUCCAUUCAUUUGUUUAAUCCUCAUUCCAAGCCACGAUGUUUUUAAUAUUCUGUUGGGAGCCGCCCAGAGUGGUUGGUGCAACCCAGUCAGAUGGGCCGCAUACAAAUAUAAUAAUAAUAGACCACAUAACACUGGCCUUGAAAGAUCUACAGUGGCUCCCAGUACGUUUCCGAGCACAAUUCAAAGUGUUGGUGCUGACCUUUAAAGCCCUAAACAGCUUUGACCCUGUAUACCUGAAGGAGCGUCUCCACCCCCAUCGUUCUGCCCAGACACUGAGGUCCAGCGCUGAGGGCCUUCUGGCGGUUCCCUCGCUGCGAGAAGUGAGGUAACAGAGAACCAGGCAGAGGGCCUUCUUGGUAGUGGCACCCGCCCUGUGGAAUGCCCUCCCACCAAAUGUCAAAGAGAAGAACAACCACCAGACUUUUAGAAGACAUCUGAAGGCAGCCCUGUUUAGGGAAGCUUUUAAUGUUUAAUAGACUACUGUAUUUUAGUGUUUUGUUGGAAGCUGCCCAGAGUGGCUGGGGAAACCCAGCCAGAUGGGCGCGGUAUAAAUAAUAUAUUAUUAUUAUUAUUAUUAUUAUUAUUAUUAUUAUUAUUAAUUAUUUUGCAGCACUGUGAUCCCACUUCAACCAGCCAUGGCUUCCCCACUCCCCAAAGGAUUCUGGGAGCUGUCUUUGGUGAAGGGUGUUGGGAGUUGUUAAGGAGAACCCUGCGCUCCUCCCAGAACUACAAUUCCCAGAGUCGUUUAACAGCCAAUCCCUCUUCACAAGGAACUCUGGGAAUUAUAGCUCUGAGAGGGGAGCAGGGGGGUAUCCUAACAUCUCUCAGCAGAACCCUAAACAAGUAACAGCUCCCAGAAUUCUUUGGGGCAAGCCAUAACUACUAGUUGAAGUAUAAAUGAAUGGUGUGAAGGCAGUCUCUCUCUCUCUCUCUCUCUCUCUCUCUCUCUCUCUCUCACACACACACACACACACACACAUUCUCCUUUUCCUUUGGCGCGGUGAGAAUUUUGCCCCUUUGUUUCCAGACCGGCGUUUGAGUGACGAUCUUAAAUGAGUCCUUUUUGUCCCCUGCGCACCCAUCUGCCUAGCGGUCAAAUGUCACACUGUAACCCACUCAAUUUCCUUCUUCUUCCCAGCCUAUGCUUCUAUACACAAACACACACACACACCCCUCUCCUGGUGCCUGGGGUUCAAGUUCCAGCUGUCUACAAAGGUGGCAUGUUUGUGUGUGCAGUUGGACUUCUGACCCCAUUUGUUGGCAGCGGGGGGUCCCCCCUUGCUGAUUCCACCCUUCGCUGCACGAAUUCGGGAGGAGAUCUCUCUCUUUUCUCAAAGGAGGGGAGACGCACUCCAGAAGUCACGUGCUCAGAAAAAGGAAAAAUAGUUCAGCCCACUCACUGUUUUGCUGCAAUGAAGGAGGUCUAAGCAUAAGACGUUGUCUUGCACUUUCUUCAUCUAGCUCAAGAAUGUCUCCCUUGAGCAUGGCACCAAGGUCUUGGGUAAUAAUAAUAAUAAUAAUAGUAGUAGUAAUAAUAAUAACUUUUAUAUAUACCCCACCCACCCCAGCCAGAGCUGGGCUCACGGCAGCUAACCAGUAAAAUUACAGCAAAAAACAUAAUAUGAAAAAACCCCAAUUUAAAAUACAGGUUAAAAUGCAAUUUUAAAAAGCGAGAGUUCUCCCAAAUCAAACGCUACCUGACCAUUCAACGGAAAAAGCCAGGGUUGGUUCUACGACCUUAGCAGUUGCUGUGCCACUGAAACCUGUCUAGACGUUGCAUGGUUAGGGAAAUGCACUUUGCACCUGCUCAGGGUACUCUUAGCUCUCUUUACUUCUUAGGUUUGGAACGCAGUGCUACACAGAGACCAGAAAAUGAGGAUUCGGUAGGGGAGUUUGCCCGGCCUGGCGUAGGCAUCAAGCUUUGGAAACAGGGCAAAGAGUUUGUUUGCUGAAAAGCGACAUUUUCCCCUGGCGUGCGCCACCCUUCCCUGUUCGCUUCCACCAACCCCACAUCUGCUGCUUGGGGCAGCAGGGAUUAGCCCAGUUGCAACAAGGCUUGGGGGAAACGUCUGAGACUCCCCCAAAAAAUCUCACAAGGAGAAACGGCAGCGGGGGACCAAUCGUUUCAGUUGUGCCAAGUUUGGUGAGAAGACUGCCAUGGGGUCCCUCCAAAUUCAGCUUUUUCUCUAGUGCUAAAACACAACCAAGGAGAGAUGUUGUUGUUGUUUAGUCGUGUCCGACUCUUCGUGACCCCAUGGACCAGAGCAUUCCAGGCACUCCUGUCUUCCACCGCCUCCCGCAGUUUGGUCAAACUCAUGCUGGUAGCUUCGAGAACACUUUCCCACCAUCUCGUCCUCUGUCGUCCCCUUCUCCUUGGGCCCUCCAUCUUUCCCAACAUCAGGGUCUUUUCCAGGGAGUCUUCUCUUCCCAUGAGGUGGCCAAAGUAUUGGAGUCUCAGCUUCAGGAUCUGUCCUUCCAGUGAGCACUCAGGGCUGAUUUCCUUCAGAAUGGAUAGGUUUGAUCUUCUUGCAGUCCAUGGGACUCUCAAGACUCUCCUCCAGCACCAUAAUGCAAAAGCAUCAAUUCUUUAGCGAUCAGCCUUCUUUAUGGUCCAGCUCUCACUUCCGUACAUCACUACUGGGAAAACCAUAGCUUAGACUAUAUGGACCUUUGUUGGCAAGGUCAUGUCUCUGCUUUUUAAAAUGCUGUCUAGGUUUGUCAUUGCUUUUCUCCCAAGAAGCUGGCGUCUUUUAAUUUCGUGGCUGCUGUCACCAUCUGCAGUGAUCAUGGAGCCCAAGAAAGUAAAAUCUCUCACUGCCUCCAUUUCUUCCCCUUCUAUUUGCCAGGAGGUGAUGGGGCCAGUGGCCAUGUUUUUGGUUUUUUUUAUGUUGAGCUUCAGACCUUAUUUUGCGCUCUCCUCUUUCACCCUCAUUAAAAGGUUCUCUAAUUCCUCCUCACUUUCUGCCACCAAUGUUGUGUCAUCUGCAUAUCUGAGGUUGUUGAUAUUUCUUCCGGCAAUCUUGAUUCCGGCUAGGGAUUCAUCCAGCCCAACCUUAUGAAUUCUGCAUAUAAGUUGAAUAAGCAGGGAGACAAUAUACAGCCUUGUUGUAUUCCUUUCCCAAUUUUGAACCAAUCAGUUGUUCCAUCAGUUGUACACAUUUGCAAUACGCCCGCAAAAAAACCACAACCCUUAUUGUUCCUUGUUUGUGUGCAACAAUGGGGACUAGAUCGCUGUGUUUAUUUAUUUUUUAAGGGAAAGCAUGCAGUGGUUUUCUCCGCAAAGACCACAUCACGUGUCUUGGUCUGCGGCCUUGUGGCAGUUGUGCAGAGAUCCAGAUGAGGGGUGGGGCGGACUUUUUGUGCAUCCUAAAUCCCUGAUUCUUUGAGCCACUUUUAUCUUCUCUGCUGCUGCUUUUCUUGCAGGAUGCCCUGCCCGGUUUGAUGUGGGAGCUGGAGCAGCAGCUGGGGCUGCUGAGACUAUACCCUGAGAAGACCUGCGGGGAGGCAGGCGAGACGGACAGCUGGCCCAGUUCAGGUAAGGGAAAAGCCCCACCCCACAACUGCAGCCCCCCUGGUCGCUUCCCUAUUGUUGGCCUGUUGCUUCUCCCCGAAUAAAUGCUCUCUUCUUGUUCACAGACAGUUUUUUAUUAUUAUUAUUAUUAUUAUUAUUAUUAUUAUUAUUAUUUAUACCCCACCCUCCCCAGCCAAGACCAGGCUCAGGGCGGCUAACACCAGGUAUAAAAACAAUUGAUUGAAAUACAGUGGUUUCUCGGGUUACAUACGCUUUAGGUUACAGACUCCGCUAACCCUCGUACUUACGGGACCGCCUCUCCCGGUAUGCCCCACGGAGAGCCUCAAGGUCCAUAAAUAGCAACAUCCUAGUGGUCCCGGGCCCUAAGGAAGUUAGAUUGGCUUCAACCAGAGCCAGGGCCUUUUCAACACUGGCCCCGGCCUGGUGGAACGCUCUCUCUCAUGAGACCAGAGCCCUGCAGGAUCUGAUUUCUUUCCACAGGGCCUGUAAGACAGAGUUGUUCCGCCUGGCCUUUGGCUUGGAGCCAAUUUGAUUCCCUCCUCCUCUUUCUUUUUUCUUUUUCCUUUCUCCUCCUGUGAUGAGGCUACAUUUUAAUAUUUUAAUGUUUCAAUAUUUUAAUGUUGCAUUUUAAUCUUGUUUUUCAGUUGUAUUCAUUCAACUUGUUUUUAUUAUUGCUUGUUAGCCGCCCUGAGCCCGGCCUUGGCUGAGGAGGGUGGGGUAUAGAUAAAAUUAUUAUUAUUAUUAUUAUUAUUAUUAUUAUUAACAACUCAGAAAUAGUACCUCGGGUUAAGAACUUUGCUUCAGGAUGAGAACAGAAAUCGCGUGGCGGCGGCAUGGCUGCAGCGGGAGGCCCCAUUUAGCUAAAGUGGUGCUUCAGGUUAAGAACGGACCUCCGGAACGAAUUAAGUACUUAACCUGAGGUACCACUGUACAACUUAAAAACAAGAUUAAAAUACAACAUUAAAAUGCAGCUUCAUUUCAGUAGGAACUCAAAUCAAAAACUUUUUUGGGGAUGAAAACGUCAAGUCUUCACCAAGGCCGACUAUCCAGACUGGUCCUACGUGGGCCAGAAAAAAGCCAGGGAAGUCCCCAAAUAGGAGUUCCAUCACAGAAGGAGAAAGGAAAGAGGGGGAGGGGAUCAAGUUGAUUCCAAGCCAAAGGCCAGGCGGAACAACUCUGUCUUACAGGCCCUGCGGAAAGAAAUCAGAUCCUGCAGGGUCCUGGUCUCAUGAGACAGAGCGUUCCACCAGGUCGGGGCCAGUGUUGAAAAGGCCCUGCCUCUGGUUGAGGCUAAUCUGACUUCCUUAGGGCCCAGGACCUCUAGGGUGUUGCUAUUUAUGGACCUUAAGGUCCUCCGCGGGGCAUACCAAGAGAAGCGGUCCCGUAGGUACGAGGGUCCUAGGCCGUGAAGGGGUCUGCGCCUUCCCUUCCAGGCUCCGCAAAGGUCAUCCAAACAACUUGACCCUCACCCACCCCACUGCUGGGCCUGCUUGCAAUAAGGCCAGCCAGCCCCUCUGCUAGGCUGGCAAGUAGAGGGCAUUGGGGGGGGUGCGAGGCAAAAGGAUAACCCUAGAUGCCUGUUUCUGCUGCCAGGUUUCUACGAGGGGACGCAGUCUGCGGUGGCCUCCGAUUCUCCUGCCUCCGGGUUUGGGGACUCCUCUUCCGGCUUCCCGUCAGCCUCCGGGUCCUACUCCCGGAUCGGCCGUCCAGAGUCCCGUUUGGGCUACGCCAAUGAGCGCCCCAAGUCCGUGGGUGAGUAAGGGGCAGCGGAAGGAGGGUAUUGGAGGGUGAGGGUUCUGAGUCCUAACCCGUGUGGAAGUCAGGUCACGACUUUUAAAGCACCAUGAUACCACUUUAAAGCAGGCCUGGCUUCCCCCCCACCCCAGAAAUUCUGGGAGCUGUAGUUUGUUAAAGGGACUGAGAGUUGCAAGGAGACACCCCUACAUUCCCAGAGUUCCCUGCAAAGGGGGACUGACUGUUAAAUCACUUUGAGAAUUGUACCCCUCUGAGGAGAAUAGGGGGGGUCUCCUAAUAGUUUUCAGCACCCUGAAAAUGUACCCCUCCCAGGAUUCUGGGGGGUGGGCAGCCAGGACUGUUCAAUGUGGUACAAUACAGUCAUACUUCGGGUUACAGACGCUUCAGGUUGCGUUUUUUCAGGUUACGGACCCGCCGAAACCUGGAAGUACCGGAAUGGGUUACUUGCGGGUUUGGGAGGUUGCGCAUGCACAGAAGUGCCAAAUCGCAACCCACACAUGCGCAGAUGCGCCGCUGCGGGUUGUGAACAUGCAUCCCGCGCAGAUCACUUUCGCAACACGAGCAUCCAUGGUACUGCUUUAAAGGUAUAGCGUAGAUGACGCCCAAGGCCGGUGACACAAGCUUACUGGGAAAUGAUAUAUAACAAACUGAAAUAGAUGUUUAAAAUAACGUUUGUAAAAACAAACCAACCCAAAAGCUCUCCUUUUGGGAAUUAUAAGGACAGAACUAUUCAAACUGUAUAGAAAUUUCUUCAUGUUUGCGACUACAGCGUCAACAAUGUUACUUGCUCAAAAGUGGGAAGAAGAAGAAUUCCCAGCAAAAGAAGAAUGGGUACAAAAACUUAUGGAAUAUGCAGAGAUGGCAAAACUUACCAGAAAAAUAAGAAAUCAAGAUAACAAGCUUUUAAUAAAAGAAUGGAAAUGGUUUAUUGAAUAUUUACAAACUGUAAACAGAUAAGAACAUUGACAGGAUUAUUGUAAUAACCUGCAGUUUUAUAAGAGUAUAUAUUUAAAGUAGAUGAAUAAAUGAGCUAAUUAAGUUAAUCUGGAUAUGCAGAGAAUAUUUAAAAUAAAUUUAAGGAACCGCAGAAGGAGGGGGAAGGAAGUCAGGUUUUGAAAUGUUGAAAUGAUUGUAAAACUAUUGAAAUGUAUAAAACUGAAAAUCAUAAAUAAAUAAAGGCAGAUGACACAUCCAAAAUCAAAUCACUUUAAAUUGUCAUGGCUUCCCUCAAAGAAUUCUGGGAGCAGUAGUUUGUUGAGGGUGCUGAGAGCGGUUAGGAGACCCCCGGCUAGAGCUUAAAUUCUCAGAGUGCUUUAGCAAUCAAUCCCUCUUCAUAUGGAACAGGGAAUUGUAAUUCUGGGAGGGGAAUGGUGGUUGGGUGGGGGUGUCUCCUAACAGCUGCUAGCACCCUCAAUGAACUACUGCUCCCAGAAUUCUUUGGGGGAAGCCAUGUUUAAAAUGGCGUCAUGCCACUUUUUAAAUGUAAGACGGCAAUGUGGCCAGAGAAUUUCAGCCAACCUCUUUCUCUCUCUCUCUGUCUCCUUUUCUUCCCACCUCGGUUCCCAGGCGAUGUGGGCAACAGCAGCAAAGACGGGCCCCAUCGGAGCACAGUGCCCCGCUCCUUCUCUGCCCCCUACUCCAGUUCCCACGACUACGCCGAAGAGCCCCCCGGCUACCCGCCAGACCCUUUCCUGUACCCCAGCCCUCUCCACGCCGUGGCCCUGCAGAACCCCUUGCUGCGGAGCCACCUCUACGAAGACCCCGCUUUCUCUUCGGCCGCCUCCAGGGCCUACCCCGCAGACGGGGACGGGGGCCUGGACGCCUACGGCGGCGAGUUCCAGUUCUACUCGGAAGCCGCCGCCUCGCACUGCCACAAAGUGGAGAGCUACAUCUCCCGGCUCGUCCGCCGCCGCAGCCAGCUGGUGAGGGGCAGCAAGCCCCGGACGAGCCUGGGUUCGGAGCCACCCGCCAAGGGCGCCGUGGCCAGGCAAAACAGCCUGUGCAAGAGGCCCCUGGAGCUUCUGCCUCCGCCAGCUGAGCGCAAACACCCUCCGGCCGUGGAGAGGGGUAGCAGCACCCCUUCGCCCUGCGGCCAUGAAGGGGGGGCCGCCGCGGCCACACGGAUCUGGUCCUCGUGGGAUGCCGCGGCCGAGAGGACGCUGGCGGCCAAAGCAGCCUCUGAGGACUACAGCCCGCCCCACGCCAGCCUCAAGAAGCCCCCCAAGCUGCAGGCCUUGGCCCAUAUGAGACCUCCAUCUGCUGACCAGUAUGAAGUGGCCUACCCAUCGUCCCCGCUGCUGGAUAGAGACGACGGAGUGGCCCCUGGCAGCAACCAGGACCUGGCCUCCUACGAGUCUGAGGACGGAGCCUGCCUCAUGGUCAAGGCCCACUACAUCCCAGCUCAGCAGCCUCCCCGGGCGCAGCAGGCCCUGCGGCCUGGCAAAAAGAAGCCCCCUCCCCUGACCAAGGGGCGCUCCGUGGAACUGUCGCCGGAACGGGCCCCCUUGCUGCCCAGGGAGCGGCCGCGGGUGUCGGCGCCCCCCAAGAAAUGCCGCUUCAGCGAGGAGGGCAGCGGUGAGGCGGCGGGGAGGAAAGGGGGCGGCCGGAAAAGCUCCCCCAGGUCGAGGAAGGCGGCUCGCUCGCAGUCGGAGAACAGCCUCCUCAACAAACCGGGGGUCAAGUAUGGCACGGCUGAGCGGGACGAGGCCGCCAGCAAGCCAGCCCGCCCGAGGCGGCCUCACGGCAACGUGGCCAGCGGCUACCGCAAGUGGCGCUCGACGGCGGAGAUCUGCCAGGAGGAGGCUGCCGGCGGGAGCGCCGCCGAGCCGCGCCGGAGCCGUCGGGGGGUCGGGCCGGUGGGGUACAGCUACGCCGGGAGCGACUCCGAAUGCUCGGCCGAGCCGGCCCGGCAAGCGCCCAUGUGCCGCCUGGAGGAAGGCCUUGUUUACGGCGACAGCGAGUCGAGCCUGAGCGAGGGGGACUCGCCUCCGGCCUACAGCAGCGGGGCGUCCAGCGACACGGACGAGAGCGGCGGCCUGGUGUGGCCGCAGCAGCUCUCCCCGCAGCUCGUAUCGGCCUCCGGGCCGGGGAAGGCGGCGGGCGGGCAGCCCAAGGUCUUCGUCAAGAUCAAGGCCUCGCACGCGCUGAAGAAGAAGAUCAUGCGCUUCCGCUCGGGCUCCCUCAAAGUCAUGACGACGGUGUGAAGGAGGGCGGCCAUUUUGUCCCUCUUUCGGCAGAAAGGUCCCCCUCAAAUGCACCUCACAUUCCCAACACCCCAACAUCCGGUCCGGCUCCAACCCCAGGACUGUGUGAUCUGCUCCAUUUUCAUCCCCCGGGGGAAAACCUGGGGAAGUUAACACUGCCUUUGAACAGAAUUUGGGGUGCCCAUGAUUCUUAACGCUCUUUCCCCAGCUGCACGAAAAACCGCUAAAAUGGUCUCCCUCCCUCUCGCCCCCCCAGCUGCCACCCCUUUCUAAUCCCGUCCAUUUUUAAAGGAGAGGUAUUUAUUAUGGUUUUUGUACAGUUGACUUCUCAGGAGUCCGGGUUCCGCUGCAAAACUCUGGAGUCUGACACUGACACUGCCAAUCUUGUAUUCCUGUAAAGAUAUCCUUUCUCUCUGUGUAAAUAAAAUUCAGUGUUUUGUUUCUUG